AAACAAAUUAUUGUGUUUUCCGUUUACAUUUUUUUCGAAUUGUUUGUUAAAUUUGCAUAUUUCACAAAAUGCCUUGUAAUACAGAUAUGUUGAAUUUGAACAAAUUGGUCGCGUUCCAACACUUAAGAGAAAUAUUGGAAAAUAACAGCGCAAACAAACAUGUCCGCAAUCUACUAGCGUACAAAGAUAAAUUGUUGUACUUAUGGAAUCCAGAAGAAUGCUGCCUGUAUAUGAUACUUUUGACUACAGCCCACGAAGAAAAGCCUUUGUAUCAGGUAAUAAAUAAAUUUAAUUUCAAUUAUAGCGCAUAACUUCUUAUUCUUAUUCUAUUACAUUCAAUAUUAUUGCAUAAUCCGUAUCUUAUAAUUUCUAAUACAUUUGUACGUAUCUAUUGAUAUUAUUUAAGUAGUUGAUAUUUAAACAAGUACAUUUUAUAAAUAAGUACACUUCAUGUAUCUAGUGUUAGAUUAUUAUGCAUAGUGUUCAAUAUUAAAAACCGAUUCAUGCUUUGCUCUGCUUAAAAUCUAAAAACGACAAAAUUGCGUUGGUUCAGUUUAAUGCGUAGGUACCUACCUACCUACCUACUGUUUAUGUAUUUUGUUUUAAAUUAUUUAUGAAGUAGAUUAUAUUAAUAUAAGUAUAUCGUUCUUUAGUUAAUGUUCUACAUAAUAAAAAAUCUUACUUAGGUAUUUAAUGAUUAAAUAAAAAAAUUAAAUAUAUACACGAUACAUACUAAUAUUUGCACUUAUCAUAUUAGCUAUAAACAUACAUAUAUAUACAUUUAAUUAUUUUUUUUACAAAGUAACUUUAACUUCUACUUACCAUUAAUCAUAUUAUUGUGAGCAUAAUUUUAAUAAACAAUUUUAACUAAGACACCACAUAGGUACUUACUUAAAAAUAUUGUUGUCGGUCUGUAAGUCUUAUCAAAAAUAUACAAGCUUAUAUAAUAUGCAAUUUGUAUAGUUCACAUAUGAGUAGGUAGUAAAUAAAUUAUACAUUUAAAUUAUUUAAAUUAUAUAUAUUUGAAACAAUUUAUAUUAAAUUACCUAAGCAUAAUAUUAUUUCCUUGAAAAAAAAAUAAGAAAGUACUUUUGAAGUAUUUAUUAGAUACUUAGGAAUUAUCCAAAUAAUAUUAUUUAGAUUGAAUUACAUUAUUUUCUGAAAAUGUAAUUAAUGUCAACAAAUUAUUACUUUUAAAUGAAUCUUUUCUUCAUUAACAAUCAGUUAUUAUUCUAAAACUGUAUUUGUUGGUAUAGGUGUUGAUCUACUUGUCCAGAAAAGUGUUUACUGGAAUAAAAGAUACAUUUUAGUAAAACUAAUACAUUCAGUCUAAUAUUUAUAUAUAGGUAAUAAUAAUAAUAAUAUAUAUUUAUUUUACAAAAACAAAGUACAAGGUAAAACAUAUAAAUAUAUAUAUAUUAAGAAUAAAUAUUGAGAACCAAUUUAAACAAUGUAGUAAAACUUACCAGGUUACCAGGUUAUUAGGUUCCUAAUUUUCGAGGAGACCAAAAAUUAAUUAUUUUUUUAAAUCUUAACUUAAAAUUACAAACUACAAACUAACUAUAACAAUACAUAUUAUAUAUUGUUAUUAAUAGAUACAUAAUAUUUGUAUUUACCUUAUCAAAUUGAAAAAAUAUUACCUUUUAAAUAGUAAUUUAUUUGUUAACAAGAAUAAGUAAUAAUCUGUACCCUUAUAUUUCCUGAAUAAUACGACUGGUUAGUCAAUAAAUUUAUUCAGGUAAUGAAACAAAAAUAAAAAGUAUGCAAAAUAAUGGGAACAAAUGCAGUUUAGCUCCCAAAUGAUUUUUUUUUCAAAAAUGUGUGUUUUUGCAUAGUUAAUUUGAUGAUAUUUUCAAAAAAAAGUAGCUUAAAAGUUAUGGUUAAAAACCAUAUUGUUAAUAAACCACAUAAAACCUAAUUAUAAUGCUAUUUCAAUCAUUUGCAUAUUAAAGGAACUCAAAAUUGAUUUUUUGGACUUUUUUCGUUGGAUGUGUAAUAAAGAAGUUUUUGGUGAAGUCUGAACUAACUAAUAUUUUUUGGUUUGGAAAGUGGAACAAUGUAUCUUUUCUUGUGGGUAUAUAAACGUCACAUUUUACAUAGGAAAAAAAAAAUUUCAUUUAAUACUAUUUUUUUUUACUUACUGAGGCCAAAAUAAUAAACAAAUAAAAAAAAACUCAAUAGGGAGAACUGAGGGGCGUGUUGAAAUUAAUACAAAUUAUUGUUAUAAAUAACAAAAUAUUUAAAAUUUACUUUUUUUCGAUAUGAAUUUUUUGAAUAAUCUCGACAUCUCCAUAUAUAUCCAUCAAUGCAAUAAACAUUUAAACAUAUCUCGAGAAGAAAAAAACAGCCCGCCGUUUUCGCUCCAAUAGUUCUUAAAUAUCGAAAAACUAUUAAUUACCUAGUUCUGAUUCCAAAAAUUUCUUUGUGUUUUUACACACCGAAAGUCCAAAAAAUCGAUUUUGAGUUACUUUAAUAUGCAAAUGACUGAAAUAACAUUAUAAUUAGGUUUUACGUGAUUUAUUAAUAAUAACAUAAAAAGUAAGUUCGUAGAUGAAUUCUGAUUUCACUAAAAUGUUAAGUAUAUAAUUACUAACAUUUCUAAAAAAAAAGUCUAAAAAUAUAAAUUUUGAAGUUUUUUAACUAUAACUUUUAAAUGAAGUUUGAGCGAUUUUUUUUUAAUGUAUUAUCAAAUUAAACAUACAAAAACAACAUGCAUUUUGGUAAAAAAAGUCGCUUGGGAGCUAAACUGCGUUUAUGUUGUACAAUCAAUACAAUCAUCGCUCUUCUUCGUUUUUUUUCUUGAAAAUCUUGUAUUAUAAAUGCGUUAAACAAUUAAUUAUUUGUGGAAGUAAAAACUUUUCUAUAGUCUAGAAAGUCCGAGGCUCCCAUGCCCCCUUCCUGCAUACGCCACUUUUGAUAAUUUCUUUCGUCUUAAAUCCAAUUUAUAAUCAACCACAUACUUCAUCCGUGACGUGAUUUGGACGUACUAGGACUUACCAAAUCAAAAAACAAAACAUAAAUAAUAAUAUGUGUACAAUCAUUUAAAAUGUUUUUUAAUUCUCGUUUACCAGAAAUAUUUUAUAGAAUUUUAGUUUAAAAAAAGAGGUUCCAGUGUAUUACUGCAAUGUUAUUAUAUAUGGAUUUUUAGUUGGCGGAAGCGCAAUAUACAAAUACACAUUUUUUUUAUAGAACCUUAUUUUAUCCUCAAACUAUUUUAAAUCAAAAAAUUUGAAUGAAUUAAAAUAUAGUGAAUCAGCUAGUAAAUGGUUUGUGUUAUAACCUUUCCCCUUCGAAAUUUGAGAUUUUGUUUAAAAAGUUCUGUUUAAUAAUUUGUAUAGCUCGGAUCAAAUAACAGCAUUUUGUCGUUAUUAAAACUAUGAAAGUAUGUACCAGAUUUGUAUUAUUUAUUUUAGAUUCUGAUGACAGGUUGCAUAAAAACCGUUCUGUAAACUGUUGGUUCUAUAAUUUAUCGGUUUUGUAUAAUUACAUUUAAUGAACAGAUUGCGUUGCAUAAAAUUAUUUCAUUAUUUAAAUACGAAUAUCUUAUCCAUGGCUACCAUGAAUCUAACCAUACAUGCAUGUAUCUGUUAUUUAUGGUUAUAGCUUGUUUAUCAGUAUAUAUAGAGGGUGAUUCUUUUAUCGUUAAAUACUUAUUAUCUCGGAAAGUAUUAACUUUAUUUGGAAUCUGUUUUAUAGACGAUUUAAGAAACAAGCAGCUCUACAAUUUUACAUUUACAUUAUUUUAAGGGGAUGAAACAACUACCUCCUUUGGAUUUUCAAACAACAACAUAUACUUAAAAUUCCAUAAAUAGAUGGAGUGUUAUAGUUAAAAUAAAUUUUGGUCUUGAAAUUUUAAUUUCCGUCAAACCUUUGAUGAGAUAUUCAACUUUUAAGUUUUAGUCGUGGAAGAGUAGUGGAGCGUUAUUUGUGUGGUGGCACAGCGCGCGGCGUUUAAUAAUGCACCACUACAACUCUCCUCCGACCCAAACUUAAAAGUUGAAUAUCUCGUCAACGGAUUGACGAAAAUCAAAAAUGUUAACACCCAAAUUUAUUUUAACUAACUCUCCAUCUAUUUAACGCAUUUUCAAUAUAGUUUGCCAUUUGAAAAUCAAAAGUAGGUAGUCGUUUCAUUUUUUUCAUUUGUAUAAAUUGUUGAAGAUCAAUACUACGAUAUUAGCACAAAGUAGUCUCAGUACAAAUUUACAUCACAGUGACAAGAGAAUAUUACGGUUUUUCGUAACAAAAUUAUAUUUACGUAAAUGAUAAUGUUAAAAAACAACUCUGCAAAUUGUACAAAACUAAAAUAUCUCAACAACUUAUCGAUUCAAUAACGAUGUUUUUUAUAACAAUUAUUAAAUGUAUAGAAAGGUUUUUAAUUUUACGGAACCAAUAACCAGUUAUCAGUUCUAUAUAGUUUUCACGCAACCCGGCAUUGUGUAAUGAAGGAACUAUAAUUUUUAUUAAAAUGUGUUUUUCGGAAAAAAAACUUUUUUUUUAUUAGUAGGUAAAUACAUACAUUUACAUAUUAAAUUAUUCUAUUAUUCUACUUUUCCAACUUUAAAAAAAAAUCUUACCUCGAAUUUUACAUAUUAUGUUAACUACCAGACAUUUGUUCUUAGUAUACACAAUCUUUUUUUAUCAAAUGUAUUACUUAUACCCAAAUACUUAAUUAAUUUUGUAAACGCAAAACUUGAGAAAUUCACUUAGGUAAUUUGAUUGCACGAAGUUAAAUAAAGUUAAACUAAGUUAAACUAUAGGUACAUGUGUAAAUGUUUAAUUUACAAAAUGUAUAGGUACAAACACGCAAAACCUUUGAUUUACUUAAUUCGGUAUAAUUAAUAAUUUCGUAAGACUCCGCUUUGUAGAAUCAUAAUUAUUUCGAUUAUUUUUUCACAUAUUAACGUUACGAUAUACUAAUGCUCCGACAAGACGAAAUUCGCUAUCAGAAACCGUUACUGAAGUUCACGGUCGUAGUAAAGAAUCCUGGGUCGAAAAGUCGUUCGCGAUCGGUGGGGGGGGGGAAACACAAAUCUGCAAUAAUAGUACAAUCGUUAUUCAUUUUUUAGCCAUUGUAAAGUAUAAAAAUUAUCAAUAGUCAAAACACUCAUAACGAUAUAACAGUCGUAAAAUCAUAACAGUACCUACAUAUAAUCAUUGUUGUUAUUAUGCACCUACUUAUUAUCAGUUUAAAAAUAUCCCACAAUUUAAUUUGUAUAUAUAUAUAUAUGUCACUGUAUAGCACGCACACGGUCUUUUAGGCCGUUUUUGUAUAAGUAACGAACUUUGAACUCUUCUAUUUUCCAGACAUCCGUUUGUAUACAGUUGGGAGUUGUAUCUAAUUGUAGUUUAUCACUUAAUUAGAAGGUAACUAGGUUGGAUUAGGUAAAUAUUCCGUAUUUUUGAAACAAUGAACAAAAUUCAAAAAACCCGGUCUUUUAGACCGUGAAUCGUGUGCUCUAGGGUCAAGAGAAUCACAUGAAAACUACAAUCUUAUAGAAAAUUGAAGAAAAAAAAAAAUUUCAAAUCUCUAGUCGUACGGCUUAUUAUAAUAUUAUCGUCCUACCGCGUUUAUUAUAACAACGAUAAUAAUAAUAAUAAUAAUAUCCAUUAAUUUGCGAAUUUACAGCGCUGUUCCGCCUGUCCCGCGUAUAUACCGUUUGUGGCGUCGGCAACGUUGUUCGCAAAAGUACCAUUUGGCGUUGAUUCCUCCGCCGUUUUUCCUCGGUUUCCGUUUAGCGGCCAUAAAUCGGCAUGAAAUAUAAGUUCCUAUUCGGAAUCGCGCAAUAUAAACACGAGCCGUUAACACAAACGCUAUAAUACACAGUAGCGCGCGCGCGGCAGUGACGCGUCUUUCCUCUCCGGUGUUGUGCGCGCCGCUACGCCACCGUACUCCACACCGGGCUAAGGGAUUUUACUUAACAAUUAUCAUAAAUAUAAACAGGCCCGAACUUCCCUCGGCGACAACUACCGCCACCACCACCACUACUACUACUGUCACUACUGCUACUGCUGCUGCUGCUACUACAACAACUACUACUACCACCGUUCGUAUAGUGUAUUACAGCACCGACGACGACGGGGCGGCCAAAGACGCGGUUUAUCUUUUGAGGCCAUUGUUGAGUUAGCGCGAGUGUGUGUGUGUGUGUGUGUGUGUGUGUGUGUAUUCGCGUAAAGCGUAGGAAAAAUAGAAUAAUAAAUUGCCAUUAUCGCUCCCGAUUGUUCCUUAUAAUAUUAUUAUAUUAUGUGUAAUUAUGUAUAUAAGUCCGCGGGUGUUUCUUCUUCUUCGCCCGCGUCUCUCAUCCUUUUCCUUUUCCUGUUGGCCGCCGCCGUCGUUUGUCGUCGCGGUCGUGGUAAACCGCUGUACACAGCAAUAAUAAUAGCAGCAGUGUCGUCGUCGUAUAGAGGGAAACGUCUUCGUCCGGCUGUUGAAUUAUCGUUUAUUACAAUCCUCUUCUUAUUAUUUCGGCGGCGGUGCUUUCCCUCUCGCCUAUACGCGCGUAUUGUCAUUCUCUCCGCAGCUCUCGCGCACGCAAAACGGCUCUAUUAAUGCUAAUAUACCACCUACUCCUAUCCCGUGGAAGUGGGAGCGCAGGGGGGUUUGCUGCGGUACACAAUGGCAUUUUACGAAAAUGUCGCCGUCCGCCCUGUAUAAGUAUAUUAUAUAUAUAUAUAUAUACUUACAACAAUUGUAUAGUUCCUUUAGAUCUCGCCCUCGCUUCCUCUACUCUUUCGCGUAUUCCGAUUUUGUAUUUCCGACUCGAGUAAUACAGCUAUAAUAAUAAUAUCGUUUAUGUUUUAUUAUCAUUCACCGCGGGCCCGAACGUUUUUUAGUUGUGCGCAACCAUAUUACUAUAUAAUAUAUACGCAUUCAUUAUUAUACCCGAGACAAUUAUUAUGAGUUAUUUGUAAUAUUAUAGACUUCUGCGGUGUUAUCACUGUUCGUACAAUCCAAUCUGUUUUAUAAGGCUACCGAAAUAAUAUGCCUAGUGAAGUAUAUAAAAAUACCAAUGGAGGGGGGGAUUUGUGGGCACGUCACGCUUAGUAUAGUAGAACAGUUCUUUUAAAUUCCAAAUUAAAUGGCUAGAAACGCUGUAUAGCCAGUUGCGAAUUAUACAAAUUCCAAAACGAAAUUUUAGUUCGUAAUAGAUCGGUUUUGAGGAAUUAAAGAAAAACACAAAGUAUGCUCCUAUAAUAGAAAUUAGCAGAAUAAUAAAGUCAAGUACGCAUCUAUCGAAAAUGAGCGAAACACUUUUUCACGAAAAAUAGGAGAAAAUAAGCUUUUAACUCAGGCACCACGUUCGUGACGGACACCACCGAGUGUAUAAUUUAUGAGAGGUAUAAUGAACUUGAAAAAUAUUUCAUAUGCGUGUUAUAGAUACCGAAAUCGGUAUCAUCAUAUUAUUACGUUUCUUUGUUGUUCUUCAUGCAGAUACAGUUUUCACUUCUUUAAUUUUUUUUUUUGUUUCAUUUUGAAUACAAUGAUUCAAAAAGCGUGAAAUACCCUUUGAUUUUUAAUAUCUACAAAUCUAUCAAAUUAAAAACGAAUAUUUUAAAAAUCGUUUCAUUUAAAUUUAGAAAUAUAUAAUUAUCUACUAUUUAUAUUUAAAACAAAAUACUAAUAUUUUGUUAGAGUUAAUUUGUUUACAUUUUAUAUACAGUUGUUAUUUUAUUGUACCAUACAUACUCAACGUGCGGUAUACUGUUAGGUGGGUAUACUGUAAAAAUAUAAACAAUUUAACCGUCCAAUAUACCAUUCAAAAAACAAUAACUUCUCAAAACCAACACUACCGAAUCGAAACUAGUAUUAUACUGAAAAUCUAUUUUAUAAUGCGCAUUCACGGAUCAUCAUCAUCAUAGUUUUCGAUCCAUUUGGUCUAACGUACUAAAAACCAAAGUCUUUAAAUUUACACGCUACAUUAGUAUCUCGUAUUCACCACUUUUUCUCUUCCCCCGCACUCGUUUUUAUUGUUAUUUUAAUCCUGAGUGCUAUUUCGAAGACUGAUUUUUAUUAUGCACAUUUUUAGAACGAUGCGUCGUGCUGUCGAACUCCCGGAGUCUGUUUAAUGAACGUUGAAUUUUGAAAAAAAAAAAAAUAUAUAUAUAAUAAUAAUAAUAACAAUACCGAGAAGUGAUGGUUGGGGAUUAAAUCGACUGCGAGUAUUGAACAUUUUUAAAUAAAAAUAAAAAAACAUAUAUAGGGCGUGCCCGGGAUAUAUUACGUUACAAUUUCGUAUCAGAAAUAAUCGUAUUAGCUUAAUUAAAAAAUAUACAACGAGAAAAAAUAACAUACCCGUCAUUCUAUAUAUGAUUGGUAAUUAUCGUUAUUACUUGACGUAGGUAUAUUAUAAUGGUUAUAAAAAUGAGUAUCGUUUUGAAAUGCGGAAAAAAAACUGUCGAAACCGUAGGACCACACCCUGCGGGUCAUUAGAAUAUUAGGCGAUGUUUGGUAUGGUGUUCAUGUACAUAUCAAAUAAUUUGAUAAAUAAAAUAUUAAUGACAUGACUGACGGUAAAGAGCGAAAUUGAAACUGCAAUGGACUGUCAGUAUAUAAUAUGAGCUCGUAACAGUAAUCGGCUGUGCUCACGCCGACUGUUGUCAAAAAAUUCAUUAUAUUGAUGGGCUGGUUAUGUUAAUAUUCUAACGGUGUUAUAAUACUCAUAUUACAUAAAUGUUUUUUAUGUAAUUUAUUAUAAACUGAUAUGUAACGAAUUGUGCAGGCUGAAAAAUACGAAUACCAUUGUAAUAUUGUACCCCUACUCUAAUGUUUUAUCGUAGAUAAAUUUAAAAUGGCAGCCUUAGGCGCUCUGUUAAAGUCGGUUCAAAUUUUAAUAAUUUUAUUAUGACAAUUGUUCAAAACAAAAAAAAACAUUUACGAGUAAACUUAUUAGUUCACACGGUUCGUAUAUUCAGUAAUCAUAUUAUGUUAUAGUUUACGUUGCACAAGUUGCUUUUAGAAUGAAUAACCUGUAACUGUUGUAGUUUUGCUCCUUUAUAUUAAACGUUUUACUAUGAAAAAAAUUACUUAAUUAAUUUACAUCGUGUUUUUUUUAGGAUAAUUUAAUGAGCAUGACGGGGGUUGACUUAACUAAAAAAUUAAUAAUUUUUACAAACUAUUAUAUUAUAGGUUAUAUAGAAGUGCUACCUCAUACACAAUAAUAACAAUUAUUGUCCGGACAACAUCUGAUAAGCUAUGAUAAGGUACAUGUCUAGAAAGAAAAUAUACAAUUUGCUUCCGUGUAAAUUUGAUUUGAUUUAUCAUAAUUAUCGCCGUGUAGACAAUACAACUUAUUUCGUUAUUGUCUAUGAUAAAUCGACACUUUUUACGGAUACAGCAUAACGAAACCUAACCUAACCGAUAUCUGCUUAUCUAGUGUUAUCCGAAUUUUCCGCGUUACGAACAACAAAAAUACUACCUACUUACAAUUGUCCAGAAAGAUAGGUAGUGAAACCCGCAGUAAAAUAAUAACGACGUCGAAGGAAAAUCUGUAUAAUUCUGUAAAUAUUAUUUAAUACGCCCGGUAUUGUAUCGAAUUGCCGAGUUAACCGACUGUAAUUUCCUUUAUUUAAUAUUAUGAUACAUACAUACGUAUUAUAAUAUACACAUUGGACGCGUUUAACGUAACAUUUAUUUUUUCUUCCCCAAUGAUCGGGCAUAAUAGUACAACACUCGUAUAUGUACGAGCAGCCAGCAGAAUGUCAAUGCAAUUAAUUAGCUUUUGUGGAAAUAAUGGAGUUUAUGAGCCGUAUACACACUCCGUUUGACGCGAAAAUUAAUCAAUAAUAAAAAUAUUAUACUCGUUUAUAUUACACGGUAUUAUUAUUUUAUGUGUGUAUAUUAUAUAUCUAUAAAUGUAUUGAGACUGCAGCGAAAGGUUAAUGUCCGUUUGAUGGCCAUUAAAGGUUAAUACAAUAUAUUCCUAUAUUUACGACGCAUAAUACGGCAAAUAUCGUAAUAAUAAUACAAUAAUAUCGAAAGAACCUUUAGAAUGCGUGUAUUAACACUUAUUGUGUGUGUGUGUGUGUGUGUGUAGUGUAUGCGCCUCACGGUGUGUAUUUUUAUAUUUAUUUAUAUAGGCAAUAUGUAUACGUGUGCAUACGGUAUAUAUCUUCAGUCCUAUACCAAUAAAUACAAGUCCAGGUUAAUUCAUUAUCCGGUGUCAGAGAAAAAGGCACUCAUAACGGAUGCGAUGCGAUUACCCGUUAUGUCGGCAUUGUCCCGAGAGAAAAUCCAGACGGAUCGGGCACGCGUUUUUAUUGGAUGAACUUUCUUCUCCUUUUCUUUCUUUUUUUUUCCGUUCUUUUUUUUUUUUUUUUUUUUUUUUUUUUUGUUUCCGGUCUUUCUAUUUCUUUUUUCCCUGUCCUUAUUACUACUAUCGUCAUCAAGGACCAAACUUUUACUUAUUUAUUGUCGCGUUUCUCACUUUAUGAAAAAUAUAACUAAAGAUAAAAAAAAAAAAAAAAAUACCUCUAUCUGGGCCUCGCAAUCUAAAGGGGAAAUGUUUUAUUCGACUCGAUUUUUCUUGCUUUAAAACAACACGGAAUUAAGUUAAAUCCGCGGCCAUUAGACCUUUUGCGCCCUCUGUAUUGAGUAGUCGGCCGCCCAAAUCCGUGACACGGUAAUCAACGGGUUUUACUUGGCAAUAUAAUAAAUAAUGAAAACCAUUCGACGUGGAAAAAUGGUAAGACAUUAUGGCAAAGAUAUUUGGAUUGGUCGAGUAAGGACGGGUGUGGUAUAGUAAAAAAUAAAAUAAUAAUAAUAAUAAUAAUACAAAAACCAAUGCGAAUCCUCGGCCGAGAAAUAUUAUACUAAAUGGAAGUGCGCGGCAUUUUUAUUUCAUCCAUUAUGUCGCAAUUAGGGAUUUUAUUUUACCCCUUUAGUUCUUGUUUCCCCCGCUUUCGGAGAUUAAAACGAAAGUUGCCUUUCGGUAAUUAGAAAUGCAGGUCCGAGUGGGUUUUUACAGUAAUCUGCGGUAUUCUUAAGCUCGGACACGUAAAGGAUUAACUGACAGCGGGCGAGCAAAAAACUAGUUUAAAGGACACUUUAGGAUUAAACACAGUUUAAAAAGACAUUUGAAAAAAAAACAUUCUCGACACUGGAUUUCGUAGAAGCUUUUGAGGGGCUACUAUGAAUUUUUGAAAUAAGCUUUAACUCGCAUAUCCCGAUUUAAUAUCAAGGUCUUAAAAAACUUUUUUCUACUGUUCUUUAUGUGUAUAUAUAUAUAUAUAUAAUUGUUUUAUUUUUACAAUUGAGAAUAUGCACCUCAUAACCAUAACCAUACAUUAUUUAUUAUUUUAUCGUUAUCAGUUUAUAGUAAUUUGUAGUAAAGUGUUGUAUAAUUAUUUCGUCAAAAGCUUCAAUUGGAAUUAUAUCAUAAAUUAUAUCGCCACUGAUAAAACAAAAAACAAUGAAACGUUUUCAUAUGGUAAUACAUUAUAAUAAGUAAAUUUAUCCAGAAACGAAGAAAAUAGUAUUUACAACAUUUAAAUAUAUACCGCUGAAAAAAUAUCGAAAACUCCUAUGGUUUGUAAUGUAACUAAUAAGUUAUAUACCCUUAGUUUUAUAUAUUUUAUACGUAUGCCACUUGUAUGAAUAACUUCCAUCCGAUUUGUGUAUAAUAUCUUCUUAAUUUAUAUUUUUAUUUUUAUCACGCUUCUCACAUGUCUUACCCAGUUUAUCCAUAAAACAUUCACAUGUAAUAUGAUGGUAUACUUCAUACCAAUCUUAUAAUUUACUUGGUACUUAUUAUACGUUAUUAUUUGUUUCACUGUAAGAAUAAUACAAUAUUGAAAAUUGCUAGUAUAUAAAUUGAUAAUCGAAUUUCAUAACUCAUGUACAUUUUAUUUUUACUUAAAUAAAAAUCAGGUUUAGACAGAAUAAUUGAUUUAAUGGUAUUAUUUAAAUUGAAUAUCGAAUACAAACAAAUUGUAUACGUUUUAUACAUUAUGUAUUUAUAUGCGUUUUGUACGCUAUACUCUUUAUACACAUAUAUUAUUAUCAUAUCUACAAUGUAAGCCAUAUUACGUUACUAUUUAUUCACUAAGUACCUAUAUUAUUAUAUAGACAUUUAUACAUUUUUAAUGAAAAAUUAUAUUAAUGUACAAAUAGAAACUUUAAAAUUGUAAAACUAAUUGUUAUAGGUAUUAAUCUUAGAUAAAAACCGUGUCGUUAUUACGUUAGAUUAUGUACCUAUCUAUCUAAAAAAAACUCGUAAUUUUUCCCCUCGCAUUGUAUUUAUUAUAUGGUACCAUAGAGUAAGAUUUAUGCAGAUUGUACGUACGAAUUGUACAAAGUAUUACUUGAUAUUGGAAUAAUUAAACGUUUAAUUAAAAGUCCGCCGUCUACGGCCAAUAGAAAAUACCGCUAAAAGCCCCGUAUAUACGCGCACAUAUACAGGCGGCUUUAAUUACAAGCCCCCGGGGUCGCGAGCGGGUUAGGCGAAGAGGUGGGGUGGCGAACAAAUUUAUGUGCAGAUUUCAGACCUCUGGGAAACGAGACUUUGUUUGCGGUGACAAUUUGAACGAUUUAUGUGCGCUAUGCACGCGGCGGUUUAAACCGUCUGCUUUACCUCUCUAGAAAACCCGUUGCUUUUUAACGGGGGAAAAACCUCUCUGGGGUCUUUCGGAUGGAUCGUUAAUUCGUAAUUGUUGAUAUUCUUACAUCGAAACUCAAAAAUCACACAGUUUGUUUGAAAAAAAAAAAACAAAAUUAUUUUUUUAUUUUUUUUUUAAAUUAUUAAUCUAUUAUUAUGAAGUUAUUCAACGUAUACUUAUUUUGAAAUAAAAUGUGCGUUGCAUUUAAAAAAGUACAAUAACGAACAAUAAGGACUGCAGUUUUCUUUGUUUUUAUAAACUAUGUUUCUUUUAACAAUUCAUGAAAAUUAAUUUUCCUCUGGUAAAUUUUAAGUAAUAAAAUUUAAUUUUUACUAUAUUUGUUGUUAUUCUGCUGGUUUUUUAAAUUUUAUUCCAUACAAACUUUAAACAACUAGCUUCUUUUUUUUAAUUCGUUAUUUAUAAUGUUUUAUGCGUGCAUGUAGAUAUAUAGUUUAUUUCCAAUAAUUGUUUAGUCUUAACUUUUAUCAAAACUAAAAUAAAUUAGGUAUCUAUAUAAUAUUUAAACAUAUUUGAGUAAUGAAAAAUAACUAAACAAAUGCUUGUUUCUAAUAAUAAAUAUUUUACUGCCUGAGUACCUAUAUCUAUAUAAGUCCUAUUUUUUUUCCACUUACUAGCGUAUGUGUGUAACUCAUGUGAGUCAUGCGAUAUAUCUGUGAGAAAGGUAAAAAUGAUAAUGAAAAACUGCCGGUGGUGCGGGGGAUACGUACCGACACAGUGCCCACAUGACAAGAAAAUAGAUGAAUGGCAUCGGGGACUCUCAUCACGUCCGUGUAAUUUGAGGGACAAUGAUUGAAAAGCGGUGGGUUUAAUACUGAAAAAUUACUGGCGAUCAACGACAGACGAUUUCUCACAAAAAAAAAUAACCAACACAAACUUACGGCUGAGAAUUAUUUAUAGGUUGGUUAAAUCGUGGGCAAAACAUAUAAUAUUAUUAUAGUGAUAGUAUUGUGGGUUUUAUUUACUAGGCAAAAUAAUAGGUGGUAAAACCACCAUCAGACCAUAUUUUCGGGAUGUGAUGGUUGAUGGAUAUUAUAUUAUUUAAUGUAUUUAAUAGUUAUAAUAUUUGAUAAUUUGUUUGAUAUUUGACAAACGUGUUAGUACAUGUAGUAACACAUUAUUAUUUCAAAUACUCGUAUUCUGAGUUUUCAGUAUAAAAUAAUUAUAAAAUCAUGAUUCUCGUGAUCUAGGGAUAUGAUUCAUAACACAAAAAUUGGUAUACAUUAUGUGCUAGACACAUGCAAUAAAAACAACGAAAUACGUACUAUUACACAAUUUCCAAUAGCAAGCAAUUUCAAUAAGGAUAAAUAAACGUUUGGGGGGAGGGAUUAUAGAACACGAACCAUACCCAAACGUUGAUAAUUUAAAACGAAUUUUAUCAGAAUGCUUAAUACGACUAAAGAUUUGGCAAUUAAAAAUAUAAUAAUAUUAUCAUCGUAACCUGCUGCAGUAUUAUUAUAUUUGUAUGAAUUAUCAAACUAAACAAAAUAACAAUAUACAACAUAAUUUUUUUUUUUUGUUAUAAUAUAAUUUAUUAAAAUAAUUCUUAUACAUAGUAUACCUAUUUGAUUUUUAACUACUUGCCAUGUUUUUUUUUUUUUUUUUUAAUUAAAGGAAAAUAAUUAAAAAGUUUUUAUUUUCUAAAAUUCGUUUUCAGUUCCCGGUUGAACGUGAAAAGAAACGGAUAUAAUGUAAUAAAAGGGUUAAAAUGAUAUUAAAGUAAAAAAAAAAAAGGAAACAAACACCCCGGGGUAACUUUUCCACAUCCACAAAUACGCAAAAAAAUAUCCAUUUCCAUUUCUUAGUAUUUUUUUUCCGCUAAACGCUCCCGGCUUAUUUGGUUAAAAUUACCAAUGUGAAUAUUCUCCUAAUGUUUGAACUUAAAAAAAAAAAACUCUCCGAAGGCAAUGCAAAUAAUACGCGCUGUGUUAUUCUAACAAUACAAAACUCGUUUUCGCUCGCAACCUUUUUAAUAUACAUACAGUUUUUAUAUUGACAUUAAUACGCAUUAGGGGAAAAAAACCAAUAAUUGUGCCUAUACUUGCUAUACGUAUGCCGAGAUGCACACAUGAUCAAUGAUCGGUAUCGAUUCGAUAAAAUUAUUGAUUGUUGCAAAAACGACUUUUAUCUUUUAUUGAUUUGAUAAAUGAUUUCUUAUUGGAUCGAUAGAUUGAAGUUCCGAAUUGAUUCGAUCAAUAAUAAAAUAAGUUCCAUAACUUAAUUGAAUUGUGUUCAGCACUGAAUAUUUUUAAGUUUUUUCUUAUCAGAUACAUUUUAUUAUGUGUUCGGACUUGUUUACUCCAGGUUAUGCGUUAAUAGCGUGAUAUUGUGGAAUAUUAUAAUAAUAUAAAAGUGAAUUAAAAUGCAUUAGCACCAGCAUCAUAAUCUCUAUUUUCAUCAAAUUCUUCUGUAAAGCCACAAUAAUAAUUUGUGUAAACUGGUUUGUGCAAUAUUGCAUGUUUUAUAGACACAAUAAAUUUGUUCAUCUAUAGGAUAUUAUAGGUUAUCGAAGAGUAAUAUUGGCUUAUGCAACCCGGCAACAGUAUCCAAUAAUAAGUUUUACUUUUCAUCAAUAUACAUACCAGUUCAAUUCUGAUCGAAACGAAAGACAUAAUAUUAUAUUGUUGUGUACCUAACUGCAUUUAUUUGUGAAUUUUUUUGUGAUAUUAAACACACUCAAAAAGUUGUGUGUUGUAUCACAUUAUACAUAUUAUACAUAAUAAAUAAAAUCUAUACAAAUUUAUACACUAGUUGAUUAACGGAACUUUUGUAAUAUCGUUACUUAUAAUAAAUGUAUAUAUUAUAUAGCAAUGCCAUUAAUAUUUACAGUUUUAAUUAAAAGUAAUUGGUUAACCGGUGUUAACUUAUAGUUUCGGCUUUCCCCCCGCCCCCCAUAUAAUUAAAAAAUCCUGAUUACGCUAUAACUUAAAAACUAUACCUAUACCGAACAAGUACCUAAAAAAAACAAGGACUGCUUUAAUUAUUUCAUUAUAUUGGAAUUCCUCGAUUUAAAAAUGUGACUUAAAGGAAAAUAACUGUGUGGAAAAAAUACAAACGGCCUAAUUUAAAUUCCUUUCAGAAUCUUCGUAUUAUAAUAUCAUCAUAAUUUAAAUAUAUUAUAUAAUGAUCAAAAUCAUGGUAGUUAUGUUGUACGCGAUCUGCCAGUAAUUCCGAAAUCGAUAAACAUAUAAUAAUUAUGCACUUUAUACUCAAUUGACAAACAUUUGCGACACACAUUCAAUUAAUACAAUCAGAUAUAAAAUAACUAUACAAAUAAUAAAUAUGUGUAAUUCAGUGCCGUAGCCAAGGAGAGAUUCCGGGCUCAAGCCUCCUUCCCCCUUCCUGAAAUUUCAGACGAAAAUAAUUGUUUUUAAUUAAUUGAAAAUAAUUGUUUGUAAUUAAUUAAAAAUACAAUUUUAUCUGUGGGAUACUGUAAUAGUCUGGUGACCGCCUCUCCGGAUACGGGUAACAAUUGAUAAUUUGAUAAAAUGAUAAUAAGUAAACAAAUUGGUUCUGUAAUAACAAAUAUCAUUUAAAGUAGGUAAUCACUAUAUUGAUACCGCGCUUAAAGAUAAACGUGAUAAGUCAUAACGUGACACAUUAGAAUCAAACAACGAAUCCUCCGAGCUGCUGAUAUUCCGAGUUAUAUUUUGUUCGUCUUUAUCAUUCUCUUGUUUGAAGAUGAUUCUUAUUGGCCGGGUUAUUCAUUUAACUUGUUAGAUUUACACUGUGGCGUGCACGUGCGCAUGCAGUCCUGCGCUAUGAUUGUUUAAUAUUUAUGUGUCCAGUGCGAUAACCAAUUGAUUGACAGGAAUAUUAAGUCGUUUUACCAAAAGACUACCGGAGUUAUUAUAAAACAGUAUUCGAUUCUACUUUUUACGUGCAUGGUCACUCAUUAAUAACCCCUAAUAUUGUUAAAAUCGAAUAUAAAUACGUGCACGUAAUAACACGUACGCGUCGCAGCGGAAACCUAUUACUUAGUUGUAUAUAGAGUUGCCACUUGGACAGCACAGAUUUUCCGGUAUCUAUCCAGUCAUACAGUUUUAUACCUUUCAACCAGACGUCAAAUGUUCAGGUUAUGUGACUUACGGAGAUCCCUCGUGAAUUAUAAUUAAUUAUAACGUAUAACGCGUAAUAUAAUAGUAUGGAUACCUCGUGGUUAUUACUAUUCAGGAUUUCUACAACUUUUGGAUAUAUGCGUACAGAAAUAUUUUGUUAAUACGUUUUAAUUACAUAUGAAUAAAAAAAAAGUAUUUUGAUUCUGUUGUUUAGUUUUUGAAAUUGUGAAAGUCGGCAUCUUUAAUCUGCUUGAUAGUAAACUAUACGUAUAAAUGGUACGCGUACGUAUCAAAAAUCUACGAUUAAUCGGUUUUGCCGUGAUAAUUAUAUAGGAAUUAUCGAAUAAUAAAAUUGUUCGUAAAAUACUAUAAAUUAUGUGUAACGUUCUAACACUUGAUGGCUUGAUUAAAUCUGGUAAAUACUAGGGGGGGUGUUUUUUUUCGAUAAUAAUUCACGCGAUAGCUAUAAUAAUUAUUUAUUUAAACAAUGGUAUGUAAAAAAUCAUAACGUUAGGUGUAUAAUAUAAAAUAUAUUUAUAUAUAGAUAUUGAAAUUGAAAAAUAACAUUGUUAUAUUGUAACUUUGCCACGAUAUACCGAAUAAACGCGCGAUACGAAUGUAUAAAUAACGUCACAAAAGGUCAAAAUAAUAUUAAUACACGUUUGUUAUUAUUUUAUAUUCGCGAUAAAAAAAAAAAAAAAAAUGAAAAAAAAGUACAGUGGUUUUAAAUACCAUCAACCCCAUCACUUAAAUGAACCUUUUCCUAUCGACCCUUCUCGUCGAAUGAUAUACGGCCAUGUAUCAUUUCUUCGUUAUAUUACUCAAUGAACCGGUAUGCGUAUAAUAUUAUAUCGUCGAUGAUGAUAAUAAAAAGCCGACGGAUUACGAGCAGUGUGUGUACCAUUUUUUUUUCUUUUUCAUCCUAUUAUUUAUCGCCGCCCGCUCUCUGCCCGCCUUCGGAGUGCAACCUAUAUUGUAUAUAUGUAUAUUUUUUUUUUAGAGAGAUAUAUUCAAUUUUUUUUUUUUUGUUCGCUCUUAUUGAUAUGUAAAAUAUUCUCGUCGCUGUGUUAUAUAUACGUACUGCACGAAUGAAAAAACGUCAACGCUGAUCGGAUUUCUGGUUAAUAAAACAAUAACUUUACGGUCAUUAUUCCAUCUGCGACGAUUUUUCAUAUAAUAUAGAAAAUACGAAUAACCAAAAUAAAAAAAAAAAACCACACAUUCACAUCACUACACGUCGGUGUAUUGAAUUAUAUUUUCCCCGAAGAAACGACAUCUGUAUUUUUUCUAAAAAAAAAAAAAAAAAAUCGUUCCAUUAUGUACACCGCCAAUUGUAUUUACCUAUCUACCUACGCAUCGCGUGUGAAUGAGAUUGGGAUUGCCGAAGUUUAGGCUGAAAUUAGAGGGGAUAGACUGCCAGAUAAGGGAAAACUUUCUCGUGCGCUUUUUGUGUUUAUGCCGCCGCUGCCGUAUACAAAAGAAUCUGAUUGUCACGACAUCGUUUUACAGCGAUUUAUUGGGUUUUGUGUAUUUUUUUUUUAUUUUUUAUUUUUUUUUAUUAAAAAAAAAAACCACAAUGCGACCGCGUCACGCGACCUAUUGAAGUAGUAGUCUGAAAUCAAUCAUCCAUUUUUUCUUUCGCACGCAAACUCCUCGAUAGUUAUACGUACAAUACGUGUAUAAAAUCCCUAGUUAUAUAGAAUAUAUAUACAUAUAUAUAUAUAUUUUUUUUUUUCAUUUGAUUGAUAUUAUCUAAUUUCCGACGCCGGAAUCAACGUAUUAUAAAACAGUUUCUAGAGGUCGACAAACGAUUUAUAUUAUUAUUAUUAUAUGAAGGGGGAAAAUGGCAUCCGGAAGCAAACGGCUAUAAGAGUACAACUUAUAGCUCGAACAAAACGUAUCAAUCAAAAAAAAAACAUCUUAAACUUUUUGAAUAUAGAAAACGGUAAUUGUAUAUUAUAGUUUUCGUUUGUGUGUAUAUAUAUAUAUGUAUACACAAGACAAUUUGGUUUUUACAUAAGACGCUUAUUAUUAUUUCAGAAUAAUUAUUAAUUUUAUACAAUUUCAUGGUUUUAUUCAGGAUUUUUGUUUUUAACCGUGAAAUCGUGUAAAAGUUGUGUACAAAUUGAUAAACGCUGUCUCUUAUAUAAUAAGGAAAACCCAGCUCAACUCUUCAAUGUCAAAAUUGUACAAAACGCCCGUUUUUGUAUUUUCGAAUUUCAAAAAUACAGUAUUUGUUUCUGAAAUACUUAAUUUAUGUUUAAAUAUCUAUGAUACUAAAUCAGUAGUUUAUUAAUGGUAUUCUAACGGUUUAAAGUUUAAAGGAAUGGUUUAGAGCGGAUCUCUUUCCCUCAUUUUUACUAUAAUACCUUUGGUCCUAGGGAGUUGAGUCGAUUGCUGGUAUUUUUUUUUAUUAUUAUUGUGUUGUAAUUUGUUCCCCCUUUAUUUCUUGGUCUAAGUCGCAUAAAUGUAAGUGCAUAUUCUAACACAAGUUAUACUAAAAUUUAAAUAUAUUAUGUUAGUCACUAUGAUGUAUUUUUUGUUUGCUUCAAACAAAAGUUUUUAUGAUUGCUGAAGCCAUUUAGAAUGUCUACGUGUAGGUUAGGUCAUUUAGUAAUUUAGCAAUUUUCAAAAUUUAAUUUACUCGAUUUGAAACCUACAUACAAUUGACCUAAGCCCUAAGAGUUGAGACCAAUGAUAUAUUACUUGAUAAUUUUAAAUCGUUCUAGCCAUACGAUUAAUAUUUCUGUUCGACAUUCAAAAUGCAGAGAGUCGAUUUUAUCUGGACGUUUAUGUAUUUAUGUUGAACCAAAAUCUUCUCGUGUGACGUAUUAAUUUAGUCAUCUUCUUUCUUAAAAUUUAUUUGGUAUUUUCAUUUACCCGAAAAUUUGAAAACAAAUCAUUAUUUACUGUUUUAAUAAUUAGCACAAUAAAAUAUAACAUCUAUCGUUCAGUCCACUAUAUAGCAAUAUAGUAAACGUAUAAAUUGUAGACGUAAAUUAAAUUGUUUGUAAUUUUAGGUAUUAUUAUUUACUAUCGAUUAACAUAUUUUGUUCGUCAUAAUAUUUUGAUUUAACUCACUGAAUUCAUACAAUUAAUUGUACAUUAUUAAAUUGAACCAAAUAACAACAUUGAACAAAAAUUAUUGUUUUAGGUUUAACAAAAUGUUUUUUAACGGUUGCACAUUGUUGACUGACAACAUUAUUAUAAAUUAAACUGAAUGUAUCGGAUUCCCAUAGCAGUUAUUUUAAUACGGCUUGGGUUAAACUGUGUCGGUAUAGAACAUUCGAUUAUCGAAACGUAUACUGACAAGGCCGUAAACCUUAAAACUUGUACCUUUAACCUUUAUAUUUUACUUUUUUUCCAUAUUAUUAUUACCCUUAAGAAAAAUUAUAAUAAUAAAUCUUUUUUUUAGAUCUUUUAUCAUAUAGUUUUUUGGCCAUUCUUUUUACGGAUAUAGUAUGCAAAAAUAUUCCUUUUUUACUAGGUUGUUUUUUUUUAAGUACAAAAUAUAUUAUAAUUUAUGUAUUUUUCCAUUUUGUCUGAUAUUAAAUUGCAUUUUAUCUUAAUUAGUUUUCACAUACCUGUCCAUACCGUCUACCUAAUAAACUGAUUUCAUAUGCAUCGUAUAUAAUUGAGUUUUCCAGUACUUCUAUUCAUGAUUAUUUGAUUUUAGUGGUGACUAGUUGGUAAUUAUCGGCAUAAUCAAAUACCGUUUAUCGACCGAUAUUGAGCGUAUCUGGUAUUUUCUAAAACCUAUAUUUGACCCGAUAUUUUCUGGGAAAAAUAUCUAUAAUGUCUCAUAGAAUAUGACAGAAGUAAACUGGUAUAAUAUCGGUUGACCGCUGGUUAUUUUAUAUUUGGUUAAUAUCUAUACAGAAAAAUAUACCCAACUAAAUAUUUUAUGCGGAAUUGCUUUCUCCACGGUACGCUAUUCCAGUGCCAAAAGCGGCAUAGCCCAUACUUUAGCAUGUAGCUAUACCUACUACUUACGCACAAGCUAUAUUGGUUUUUUUUUUUUUUUGUUUCAACUUUUGUGUCGUGAUAAAAACGUUAGGCCAAAACUUAAUGUUCCGAGGCGUUUUGUAACGACUUCAAAGGAAGACGGAUGACCGUAAUAACAGUAAGGGCUUAUGGUUCGGACUUUGCACAAAGGUCCUUUGUGCAAGUGGCAUCCUUUCAACUCGACCAUUAAGCUUUUCCGCGGGGCACACAUACUAGUAAUAUAUUGCUGGUAAUUAUAAUAAUAAUAAUAAUAAUAAUAACAACAGCAAUAUUAUCAUCGUCAUGCGUGUAAUCUAGCCAAAUCUUGUGUGUUCGUUCUCUCGUCCCGGAGAGAGUUUUAAAUAAUGGCCGUCGUGCACCUCUACAAUUAAAUUACAUCCAUAUACAUAUAGGGGUAAGCCGGAGGCGGCGGGGUGUCUGUCGUCCGUCGUAAUUCGCGUGUCCUGUGAUAUACGAGUGUAUACCUGUUGGAUUUUCGGACGUUUAAUCACAAAGGCUUUUGUGCGAGGGUUUUCGAAAAACUUUCGCCUACCUCGCCCCUCAAACUUGUUUCAUACUCGUAUAUAUACAUAAUAUUAUAUAUCACAUAAUGUUUGCUAAUUAUUAAUUUUAACUCGCUCGAGGAAUUUAAAAUAAUAAUAAUAAUAAAAUAACAAUAAUAAAAGUUAUGACGACGACCUGCAAAAAACAAAGCGAUUUUAUAAUAUCUUAUUGUGUUGUCACGCGCGUCUAUUAUACCCGCUUUUGUAUUUAUUGUGACACAACAAAACGAGAUUAUAAUAUAUUCGAUUAAUUAAUCAUACAAACCCUACUUGUGCACAUUUAACAUACAUGCAUACAGCGGCAUGCCCAGAAAUUUUUAGUGGGAUGGGUCGCAGCAAAUAAUAAUCACGAAUAAAUCGUAUAAUCGCCUUCUCUACUCAGCCCGACUAGGUUUAGGAUCCAAAAAAAAAACAAAUUUUGAAUCAAUAAAUUAAGCUUUCUUUGUAAUUUCAGCAUCCAGAAAAUUGUUCAGCGCCACUGGCCGCUAACAAGUCCCGCUCUUAUAUAGUCUAUCACUUCAUUCAUUUCCAUUGAAAUUGUGUACUUCAAUUAUGUAUAAAUUCUGAAUUUUACGCACUUUUCUGAGAGCGCUCUUGACUUGAGCCAGUCUUGUCAAGGUCUAGUCGCGGCUCUGCAUGUUUAAGGUGCAGCCGUUAUGAUAUUAUUUUAUUAGAUCCCCGUCAGUGUCCACAAUUAUAAUAUAACAGGAACGUUUGACCCUUAUUAGAAUCCUUAAUUAAUGUAUAAAUGGACCGAAACGGAAUCGAGCAAACUUCGCGGUAAACGCGUGUAAGCAUAAUUUGAGAUACCUGUAUACCAUCUGUUUUGCAUUGAAUUAAUAUACAUGAAAAAUCCAGUUGUAUGCUGGUCAUAUUAUACAUGACGGGUUAUAAUAAUAGUCAUUGGAAUGCUUAUUAUUGCCAAUUUUUAAAUCCGAAUACUGUAAUUUUUUACGGCGAAAACUAUUGGUUUUAUAAUGAUAUUUUUUUUUUCUGCGAGCAACUUUUCUACUAGAAAUCUUGCACCGAUGUAUCAAGUGUAGCAACUUUUCUGAAAGGCAAUUUUAUCUACCUGGUUCUUCAUAGAGAUCAUAUUUUCUUUUUAUUUCUAAGUGGUUUUCACAGUAAUUGGAGGAAAAUUGGGAAAAUUUAUGAAAAUAAUGCUUUUAGAUUUUGAGCGGAGCGAGAAAUGUAUUGGUUUUACAAUUAUGUUUAAUUUUUUUUUUCUUUUUUAGAUUAAAAAUAAGGUUGUCAUUGGCAACUGUUUUAUUUAUUUUUUUUAUUAUGAAGUUUUUAUUAUUUUAAUCUUUUUUAAACAAUCAUUGUUGUCAAAGAAACACACAUUAUUGUAAUCAUUUUACCAUAAUAUGGUAUUUACCAUAUAUUGUAUUGUUGACAAAGCAACACUAUCAACUGAACUCCGCUUCAAAUCGUUUUUUCGUUAACGAUGAUUUAUUUUUGCAUACAGAUAUACAUUAAAUUCCCGUUUGUAUUCUAUCUUCCCAAUUUCCCUCCUAUAAUAAUGGCUGCACCCAUUUGCUAAGUAUGUCCGUCCUUUUGUUAUUUUCAAUUAUGUUUUUUGUUUUAAUUCAGUUAAUAACAUCCGUAAAGACUUGAAAUGAAUUGACACGGCGUUUUCAAGCUGUGGCUAUCUCUUGCAUGUAUAGACGAUGCUACUUCAAACUUCUCAAUAAUUUUCACCUACUCAAUAUUUUUAAAUUUUAUACUCACUCCGUUAGUAACACCGCAGUAAUCAGUAACACUACCCAAUAGAAUUUGUUUCUCGGACAACUCAAAAAUGCGUUCUUGUCUUCUUUUUAACGUAUUUUCCAUUCUUCGAUAGUUAAUAAUUGACAAAUAAUAUUAACUCAAAAAAACAUAGAAUAUUGUAUACGUAAACAUCAAAUAUUAAAAUAUUUUAUCAUUUGUAUCACCUGAUCGUAAGCCACAGCUGUCCUGAUAAUGACAUUAAUCACGAUUAGUAAGGUUAAUCGUGGUUACCGUAAUUGUAUUUAACGAAAUCGUAAUUAGUACAGUGAAAUCCUAAUAUUAAUAAAUCAUGAUUAGCUUUUAACCCUGAUAAAUUUAUCUCAAUUAGUAUGUUUUUGGUGAAAUCUACCCUAAGACAUGUUACAAUGUCCGGUUAACGUUAACUUGCAGUUAACUCCAACCGAUCGUGACACUUAUAUUAGUAAUUAGUAAUUUGAGGGGAACAAAUUUCUCUGUUUAUACUUACUGAGCGGGUUAAGACGCCUGAAGGCCAACCACAAUUUCUGUCAAUGUCUUUAGGGAAAAACAAUUUUUUCCCAAAAAGUCAUUUUAUCAGAUUCAACCGAAAAAAAAGUUUUUUGAGAAAAAUUUCAGAAAUUUUGAUCUCUACUGAUUUAUAAAUAUAUAGUAUAUAUAAUCUAUAUUAUACAAAUCGCAUAAUACCAUGAUCGAAGUAACAUAAUAGUGAUAACAGUUUGGGCAAAAAGACAAACUAGGGGGACAAGAUGCUCUUGGCUCUGCCGGUGACGCACGCAGCGUUCGAAAACAACGUUUAGGAGAUUGCGGAAAAAAAAUGCCGUUUUCGAAACGGCUGGUUAAUUCAUACACCAAAUAGUUUCCAUUAUCUCAGUUUGCGGUUACGUGUGUGUAUAAUAAUAUGUACGUGUAGUACGAUACGCGUUUAAUGGAUAGCAGAAAGCUUUUAUAUAUAAUAUGCCGGUGCUAUUUAUGUUCGGUUAUGUGCACCGAUUGAUUUAUACGCGCCUGAGAAAUCGCGCGCACACUCUCCGUUCGCCGGGUAUAAAAACUUCCAACGGUAUUUUUUUCCUUGCGCGCGCGCCAUUCCCAUCAUUAUUGUUAUUAUUUAUUCACCGCAGUUUUUCGAAAUGAGAAACAAACACAUAUACACGCACACACACACAAUAUACAAGCCACCCGAGCCAUUAAUAUGAAAUACUGUUUAAUCGAAGAUAUUGUUCUUAAAAAACUUUACCGAGGGCGUUUUUUCCGCAUUUUUAUUAUUAUUAUUAUUAUUAUUAUUCGUUAUUUAUUUAUUAUUUUCCAUUCCCCCGGUCUCCGGGCUCUUUAAUCGUCUACACUUUGAGCCGUCGAACCCUCCCCGAGACGAAGAGAAUAAGGCAAAAAAAAAAUAAUAAUAAUAAUAAAAGGAAAUAAAUAAUAAGAACAACCGACCGAAUAAUAUCGUCUGCAAACGACCGAAGGCCAUAUUUCGUAAAAUUAGGUUUUUUUAUUAUUAUUUAUUUAUUUAUAUUUGUUGUUAUUUAUUUUUUUUUCUUGCUUUUGUAAAAUGACUUGUUUUUCCUCCGGGAAUUUCUCGCUGUGUGUAGAAGAUUCGAUUGAGAUCCGCGGAUUGGAUGAGGUAAAGUUCGUAUAUCGAGCAAACUGCGAAAUACACGCAUUUUAUAAAUGUAUACUCAUAUCAACAUAACAUAAGAAACUCGUUAAAUUAAAAAUGAUAAUACUAUUUAUUUAAACUAAAACAUCAUAUAUUCAUGGAAUUCGUAAUAUAGGUUACUAUUUGAAAAUCAAAAGUGGGUAGUGGUUUCGUCCUGAAAAUAAGGGUGACGAGAAAAAAUUUAACAUUUUAGAGCUGCUUGUUUCUUAGGUUUUCUAUAAAAUAAAUUCCAAAGAAUGUUAACACAUUCCUUCCGAGAUACUGAAUAUCUUAUGUUGUUAUGUUGACCACUCUAUACAUUAUAAUUAAUACCUUUUUAAACAUAAUAAUAAUUAUUAUCAUGUGUUAUUUGAGUGUAUAUAUAUUAUGCAUCAAAAAAAUUCCCCGAUUUGUGUACAAAUAAAAAUAUACUUGUAUAGAAAAUUAACAUAAAAUACAAAUGUUAUCAAUUUUUUCUCUAGUCUAGAGAUGAAAUUAAUAAUAUAUAAUAAAUAAACCGUUGUAAAUAUUAUUACACUUCAACACAAAGCCGUCGUAUACAAUAACCUAAUUAUCGAACCAAUAAAAUAACUUAUUCUUCUUCUAUAUUGCUUUUAUAGCCCAUUUAGCCUUUGCUAAUUUCACUUUUUCACACUUUUUCCCUUUAUAUUUACUCAUUGUUGCCUAUCCUCGUUCCUUGCGCACAUUUGUCUGUGUAUCCAUCCGCAUUUGCCUGUGUUGACUUCUGGAUCUUUUUCUCCCAAUUUUUUACGUCAUUGCCAGUUUACAUAUACUAAAUAAAUAACACGCCGAUUUAAAUCAACAUAUUCAGUAACCUAGCCGUUCUAGAUAGGUAUACUUAAAAAUCAAUUAAAACUAUACAAAUUAUUUUAUCGUGUAUUAAAAUUUUACACGCAGUUUUUGUAGUGUUAUAUUUUUUAGUUAGUUAUUUUUUUCAUCGAACACACCAUUUUUUAAAACUUUCUGUACAAACUGUCGAAUUUAUUUGAUGAUGACGACGCUGAGCGGCGUUAUAACAGUGAACUUCAAACCCCCCUCCCCACCCCUCCACGGUAAUAUAAUACUGAUUUCUACUGAAAUUAAAUGUGUGCAUUUUGGUGUUAAAAAUGAAAAAGGCGAGAAUUUUACGGUGUUAUGAUGGUUUAUUCUUUCUCCGCCGUCGACGUGUUCGUACUCAACCAAUUGCGUCUUUUUACUGCAUGUACAGAAAGCAAUAACCUUUGAUGGGAAAAAGGCCGCCGCCGCGUAUUGGAUGUUUUAAUAAAAGUUUAAAUUGAAAACGAUUCGUAUAUAGCCGAGGUCAUGAGGGAGAUGAAAGUUUUAUAAUAUUAUUAUAAUAAAUAUCCGCGGAACGUAAUCGUUAUGCGAAGCGAAAAAGGGCUCGGCUCUCCCCGAUUGAUUAUACAUGUAUGUAUAGUAUAUAUACAUGUCUUUUUCUUCCAGCGUUUUUAAACGAGUUUCGAGCGUAUUCUCUCAAGUUUACUGACAUCAAAGUCACCUUAAAAAUAUAACAUAUAUAUGUAUAUAGGAAAAGUCAAAUAAAUUAGAAAAUAAUAUCAACUUAGCCGUGGCGUGGCGGACGCAAUAAUGCAAUUUUCUUAAAUUCGAUUUUCAUUAAAUGACGUCAGGUAGGUAGGUACUUAUAGGUAUAAUAACAUUAUACUUUAUACUUGUAAUACUUUAUAUAGUAAUUUUAAAGAAUAUAUUAUUAUAAUACUACGCGUGAAUUUAAAAAUCAUAAAACUAUAAGCGUAGGCUCUGCAUCAACCGAUGGUGCAUGUUAUCUCAUAUUGUAGUUUUAUUUUUUUAUUAUUUUUUUCGUGACAAAAUUCUUGUGCUAAUUGUUCUUAAAAUAACUAUAAUAUUACUAUUCAUAACUCCGUAAUUACUGUUUGAUUGACAUUUUAAUGCAUAUUUUCAGAGUUAGGCAAGUUUUGGUUUUUCGAAAUCGAGUAGAGUCCAAAAUUUUAGUAUUUGAAUUAACGAGUCCAAAAAAAUUGAACUACUCGGUCAACUCUAAAUAUUAAACAUAAAUUUUGUUAUUCUUAUACUUCAGUAUUACAGUAGCAAUCUAUUUUUUUAAUUUCAACACGGUAAUCGUAUGAAAACUAUCUGGAUUAAAAGAUCUUUAUCUAUAGAUACCAAUUAGCCUUGGUAUUAGAUAAUAGAUAUUUUUGCUGUGGGAUUUAAGUUAAAAUUUUCAAUUAUUUUUUUUUUCUUACAAUAAUUUUACCUUGUGUUGGAUGGCCAAUAGGGGGAAAUUGACCUCGGAAAAUAAUAUCACACCCUCCUUCCCUCUCUCAUAAAAAAAACUGAAAUAACACCCCUGCGUUUUUCAUGGACUCGGUUUACCUAUACAUUCAUAAUUUGCGACUUGGCUUACGUGUGUCUCUCUCCCUCCAUAAGUUAAACUCGAAUUAGAUUAAACUAUCCUAGCCCCAUAUCUAUUAUAUAAUGUGUAUAUUUUUCUACUAGUAACUCUAAUAAUAUAAUUGACACUUGUUCCCCAGUUCCCCGAUAUAGUGUCGAUCGUAUAUCGUAUAUGUGUGUGUAUAAUAUACGUGCGGAAAAUCAACUCGAGAUUUUAUUCAGCAAAAUUACUUUCAAGUGAAUAAUUACUCAUUUUCUGGCCAUACGCCGUCGCACUUCCUGUCGACUCGUGUGGAACCCCUCGCGUUUAUAUACAACUCGAUUAUUUCGUAUACCUAUAUAAUACAAUAUAUACAAUAUACAUUCAUAUGUAUAACAAUAUUAUACUUGUGUUCAUAUCGUUUUUAUUAUACGCACAAAAAGUCUUUUAGAAUUAUUACGAUUCCAAUUAAUUUUAAUACACGAGCGUUCAUUAAAACCGCCUGUUCGUUCUCGAUCGCGUUGCACUUCCGUUUGUUCGGAAUCGCUGAAUUACGUUUCGAGUACGUGUUCCCUUAACCUUCCUGUUUGAUUUUUAGAAUCAUUUUAUUCGACUUUGAUGUCUUUUUUUUUAUGUAUAUACUUCAUUUAUUUACGCACCACAAAAAGUCAACACGAUUUUUUUUCGAAUUGUUUUCGAUUUAUUUACGACGUGGGUACUCCUCCUCCGUUUCCUAUCCGGUCUUUGGAAAUUUAAUAAUAAUGUAGUAAAAAAAAAAAUGCCACUUUUUCCCUUUCGUUUCAACGCAGUUUAUAUUAUGUACGCGAUUUUUCACUCUUUACCAACAGUGUAUACAUAAAUCGUAUAUAUAGCUAUACUAUGCUGUAUAGUGUAUACUGUGUAUAGCUAUAAUAUAUAAGUAUAGUAAUUGGCGGCCCGAGUCCUCUAAUGACGUUAUCAAUAAUAAAAUAUGCAAAAGAAAAUAGUGAAAAAUCAAAGCCCGAUAACGGUUCGGCUAACUCGUAAACUCUUACAAAAAAAAAAAACUCACAUCUUUGGACCGUAAAAUCAGCGAUUUUUAUGGGCUCUCGCCGUUUUUUACAAAGCAAGUUUUCAAAGUUUUAACGAGACGCUGCCAUUUUUUUUCUUUUUAUGAACGAUGAAAAUAUAAACAUAUUGUCACGUGUAAAAGCUAAUCUUGGUAGGUAUAUUUAAAUAGUUUUUUUUUUUACAACUAUUAAAAGUUUUAAAUUACGUAUUUGUUUUUAUGUAAUCAAAAAAAACUUCAUAAUUUUAUUGUGAAAAAAGGAACAAAAAUAUAUUUCUUCAAAUUAACAAUUUCGAUAAAUGCAUUUAACGUAUAUACUAUAUAUACGUGUAGUAGAUAUGUGCUGAAAAAAAAAAUGUUUUAAACGUGACUACUAGUUAAACUAUUAUUCGAUGUUUUCCAGACAGUUUUACUGUCGCGACUGCUAUAAAACCAUGUGUGACGGUUUUUUUUUUUUUUUUUUUUUUUUUUUUUUUUUUUAAGUAUAUUUAUGAAAAUUAAAUAGAAAUUCCAAUUCCAAAACAAUCGUCGGGACCAGGAGGGGAACGGUGUUGCGUAUUAUUAUAACGGAUCGGUAGCGAUAGGAGGAAGAGCAGAGAGAGGUGAAAAACGGGAAGCGGUUGAGGCAGAUUCGGUCAAUUUGUUACCCUUUUAAUUAACGGUCGGGAAAACUCUGGGAAAACGCGAAUAUGGAGAGACCCCCUUUUUGAUAAUGUAUUGCUCUCCGUCUCUCUUCUCUCUCUCUCUCUCUCCGCGCAUUAUAAAAUGACACUGGUUAAUGAAAUUCUUGUUCUUCAUUAAUACAACAUUAUGUGCGUACAUACACUAUGUAUAAUAUAUAUAUAUAUAUAUAUAUACAUUGGGAUAGAAAUGGCCCCCGGGUUCGUGUGUGUGUUUGCGCGCACUAUGAAUUCGCGUAUAUAUACGAUAGUAUGUGCGGUGCUUCAACGACCUUCUUCGACAGUGCGCACAAAAGGGACGACCCUGAAAAUUUAUGUCUUCCGAGAGACUGGAAACUAUGCGCUAUUAUGUAUCCUCUUUGGUUAUACGCACGGCGCGCGCAAACACAUUCCGAACGUAACGCGACAUUUUUGCAAUACCUCGCAGCGAUGAUCCGCCGUCGUCGUGUGCAGUAGCCGAAGAAGAGAAAAUAAAACACUCGAUUUACGCGCACUGAUACAGACUUAGUAUACGUGUAGUAAGUACCUAUCUCGCGCUUAAUGAAUACAACAACGUUCUCGACGUAUCAUAUUGUUAUCGUUUGCAGGUAUAUAAGAUGCAUGUAUAAUAUCUCGUCUUAAAUAAAUCGACGUAUAUUAUACGCAUCAACAGAUGCAGGGUGUACUAUACAGUCAUUAUUAGGGUCUGAGACUUCUUGCAUUAUCGUGUUUUUUUUUUUUGUAAUAGCAGCCGUAGAUUAUUCUAGGUAAGCUAUAAAUUGGUUAUAUGAAAUUCCGAAAUUAAAUACAAAUUUUGAAUAUGCAUAUUUCCGCAUAUUUUAAGGAAAAGUGCAUAUUUGAACAAUGUUUACCAUAUUUGUGCAUAUUUCGCAUUUUAGAUUCUGAAUAGAGCGAAGAAGCUUAUGAUUUUACGAAGAUGUUUGUUUUAUUUUAUUAUUAUUUUUUUUUUUUUUUUAUCUUUGCGCAACCUUCUACCAAAAAUCUUGCUCCAAUUUAUAAUAAUAUCGAUUUUUCUAAAAGAAAUCCUACUGGGGAGGUACUUUAGGGAGGUUAUUUUUCGUUUUUCUCAAGAGUUUUCCAAGCAAAUGUAAAAAACACGGGAAAAACGUAGGAAAAUCGGUACAACAUUAAAUUACAAAAAUUAUUAAAGAUAGUAUAAAAAGCUUAUUUAAUUAUUUUACUAUACUCUGACAUAUAUAUUACUGGCGAAACAUCACUAUAAACUGAACUCCGCUCAGAAUCGAUUUUAUUAAGCAAUGGUUUAUCGUUGCUUACAGAUAUAAAUUAAUUUCCUCUCUAUAUCCUACCUUCCCAAUUUCUCACAAAAAACAGUAGCUGCGUCCAUCGUGAGCCAAAAUAUAAUAAUAAUAAUAAUGCGUUCAAAUUAAUUUUUAAUUUAAUUUCACUUUUCCCUAACGUUUUAAUAUGUUAUGUAUUGUGUGUAAAUAUAUGUCUUAUUCAUAAAUAUUUUCGAAUCAAUAAUUAUAGUUCGUUAUCGUUAGUUGUUUAAACGUUUAAAGUUUUAGACACAAGAAAAUAAUUAUUAAUUAUAUUAUAAACCUCGCGAAGUGUUAAGGAUUAAACUCUGCGAAACUUUAAACACUUAAAUAAAUUAAUAAUAAACUAUUAUUAUGAAUUGGGUAUUCGUUAAUAUCCACUCAUCAGAAUAUUCUACCGAAAAUCAUGUUGAUUUAGAAUAGAAAACUAAACAAAUAAUGAUAUUGUAUACAGACUUCGAGAAAAAAAAAUGAUAUAAAACUUAAUAAUAUUGUUAUAUUAUAUAUCGAUAAACUGUUGAUAUUUCAUUAACUGGAGUAACUAUACGACUAUAUUGUUCUGUGUAUUACUACGAGAGACUAAAACUGAUUUAUCCAAUGAGUGGCGUCGAUUGAUAAGGAUUAUCUAAUUAAGCGAAUGUAAUAGAAAAGAAUAAUGAACGCCGCCCUAUUCCGUCAUCGUCGUCGUCGUCGUAAGUCAGUUAACAAUAACAUUGUUGCUGUUGACGUCGAUUUCGAAUACACACGGCGAUUGCUAAUAGGCAAUUCAGCUACACUCUGGUCUAUGAGUCGGUUCGUCUGCGGAAGAAAAAUUAUACGUUCGCGGACAUUCCGUAUAGGUUAGGUUAAACACGUGCCAUUGUCACGUCCUAUAUAUAUUAUAAUAUUUUUAUACGCGCAGCAUUCAAAAGACAACUGUGAAAACUAAAUCGUUAUAUCGGCCGGUCGUGGUAAUGCAACACCGCUGGGGUAUACGUUGGUGGUUUUUUUUGUCCCUCUGCAGAUUUCCAUUUUUCUUUUCCCGUCUGCCCAAGGUAUAAAUGCCGAGCUUUUUAAUCCCUUCCCUUUUCAAAAAAGGAUUAUACGACACGUAUAGUAUAGAACAAAAACCUGGAGGGAAAAAAACUGCAGCAUAAUAUACAAGCGCGCGCUCAAAUAAUAAUACAUGUAUAUAAUAUUAUAUAUAAAUAUAUAUAUGUGUAUUUAAAAACGACGCCGCAUGUCCCUUACUUACUUACUAAUCCGCCCGGGUCACCGCGGUAUUCUUUACCCUUCGGGCCGGGCUUAAGUGCGCACAUAAUAUAUUAAUUUAUGGUGUGUUUUGUUAAUUUUUUUUUUAACCGACUGUUUUUUUUUCUGUCUCUAGAAAUUCUACCCGAGUUCGCCGCCGGUGUUCGAAGUGGACGAAAUAUUGAUCAACGAACCUGGCACCCUGUGCGCGCUCGUCGGCUCCAAAGGUGUUUCGGUGAUGAGGUUCCCGAAUCGGUUAUCCAAAUCUGUGUACGACAGCGUUAACAGCAAAAGCGAAACCGUAACAUGCAGGUAAACAAAUAUAUACGCAAAUUAUUAUGCAAAUGAUGAGAACCGGCUGUAAAUAUAUUAUGCGCUGUGCGAACCAAAAAGAAAACAGACAAAAAAAAAAUAUAUAUAUAUAUAUUAAUAAUAAUUAUUAUUAUUAUAAAGUGAAGGAGAAAAAUAUAUAUAUAGGUAUAUAUAUAUACGUCUAACGUGGAACCGAAUAGGGAAUCAGCAUAAAUUAAGUUCAAAGCGAUAACAUAGCUCUGUGUGACAGAAACAUCGGGGUUUUACUUGCUGCGAGGAGGACGAGAGAGGUCUUUGAUAGGAGGAGAUUUUAUUAACGGUCAAAAAGUCCGAGAGCGUUCUUUUGACGUUAUAUGGAAAAUAGGGAAAGCCCACGCGUAUCUGGCGGCCCGGAAAAUUAACCCUUUGCCAUCAUAUCCACGUCAUGAGUAUAUAAUAUAUGACAAAUCUGAUAAAAAUUCCCAAAUUAUAAUAUUGCGUAGUACCAACAAAACAAUUACGGUCUCGAUUGUCUUAUUUCCCGAGUCGUGUAAUGUGUAUGCACCAACGACUUUUACAAAAUGUUUAAUUUUUGUAUGCGUGCUAAUAAAGCAUUUUUUCGUCGGUGCACCACGGUGUAGUGUUCCACGCUCAGUAUUUAAAUGUAUAAGCGAUUUCAACAAAAAAUUAAUAAAAAUGAAAAUUGAUCAACUCCAUUAAAAUUCGAAAAUAGUCGCAGAAUAAAGUUUCCAUCGUAGUGAAUUUAGUUAUGAACACCCAUUCAUACAAUUAUUUACUAUCGAAGGUACAAAUACCGUAUUAUAUUUUUUUCGUUAUUUUUAAUAGAUAACAGUAACUUUUUUAUAUUAAUUAAUAUCUCGAAAAACUCUAUCAAAUAUUGUCUCGUAUAAAUUUUUGUUUGUUCUACGUGAUGAAUACAUUUUUACCGCAGAAAAUCGUCGGUGUAUCGCUUUUUUGAAAAUUCUCACGCGAUCUGUGUAAUAUUAUAACAUGUAUGCAUACACAUAUAUUAAGUAUGAUUAUUUAUAAGUAAAUAAUAAUGUCGCGUCGACUGGUCCAUGAAAGUAACUCACGGAACUCUACAGACAAAAAUAUUAAUAAUAUGUAUCUUGUACUUAUAUAUAAUAUAUAAGAUACUAACAAAUGUUAUUAUGAUAACAGCUGCAAACUAGCUAUUGUUUCGUUAAUGCAUUAUUCUAUUUAUCUCGUUUGAUGUAAUAACUGUGUAAUAUUAUCUAAAAUUAAAUUACGUAUUCAACUAAGCAAAAUAAUUACAUAUAAUUAUAUGUAAUGAUAAAUAAAAUACUGGAUCUACUCGAAUGAAAACAUAGCUACCCUCUUCCCGCUAACAUGUACAUAAACAAAUAUUAUGUUAUUAUUUACUUAAAUCCUUCCCCUCGUUUUUUUAUGAAAAAUAAUAAUUUUCCAUCAACAUGGCUUUGUUUACCGUAUUUAUUAAUUUAAGUAACGAUUAUUGUAUUUUAUAAUUUAAUAUUUUCUCUUUCUUGCCCCUUUUUCUUGUUAAUUCUACAUUAACAAAUCCCAUAACUUAUAGAUAUUCUUAAACGCAAUAGCUAUGAAACAUAGUCUUUUCGUUUAAUUAUGUAUCUUGUAAUGUAUAUCCUGUAUCUACAAUUUAUAACACGUCAUAAAAAAUACAUACCAUAUAGGUAUUGUGACCUGGCGAAAACACUUGGUGGGUGGAUCGUAGAUCAAUACCUUUAGACUAUAAAGAACAGUAUAAAACAGUAAUUUUUUUUAACUAUUUCAAGUAAACAACUAAUGACAAUUUAUUGCUGAUUUGUUCGUAAGAUAGAGGGGGGUGAUGGUGGUAAAGACAUUUUUCUUACCAAAAAAAAAAAGUCUACACGCCACUGCUUAUGGCCUAUUUAUGGCUUAUUUAUUUUAGUAGGAAGAGGGGUUGCACCACAUAAUUUACAUGGCCAAGUCCGCUUAAAUUGUAGAAAUUCCACCAAUAUUUAUAGAAGUUUAUAUAAUAUGUUUCGAUUUGGAGGGGACCUUUAAUUCAAAGAAAUGUGUUUUUAAAUAGUAUACCUACACACUAACACACAGUUUCUCAUGUCUUAUGAAGAUUUAUAAUUUCAAAAUAGUCGAUUUAGUAUGAUAAUAAUACAAAUGCUUGUAUAUUUCUUCCCCCCUCGCCCUCUUAAAAUAGUAAAUUUUCGCGGAACGCCACACGGUAUUAUAUUAUAAUAAUAUGAGUAUUUAUCUAAUCGUUUUACCUAUAACUGCAGCAUUCAAGUAGUUAUUUCAAUGAUUUACUUAUCGAAAAUGUAUUGUUAUGAAUUAAUUAAAGUUUAAUACUGUACAAAGUUGCGGUGUACGUAAGUUAAUUAAUUAUUAUUUAAUUGAAAACAAGUUUAUUUUCAAUUUUCUAUUUAUAUACAAAGGAAACGCAAUAGGUACCGCGGUUGUAGUUUAUUUAAAAUACGUUUAUUUCAACUCAGGGAAACGUUUUUUAUUGCAGUCAAUUUUUUUUUUCACUCGGUAAAAUAAAAAUACAAUUUACCUUAUUAAUUCGCGCUGGGAUCCAGCCUUAUUAUGAUAUUUAUUAUCGUAUUGUUUGUCACGUCAUUUCGCGGGUCGAUGAGGUUAGUCGGUCUAUACAAUAUACGAACAUAUAGAACAAUGUUUUAUAGUUAUAUAUAUAUGUUGCGUCCCUUUAUACCCACCUUCUUUUCCACGUGUCACGUCCCGCCAUACAAAUUUACAAGCCCUCAAGCAUUAUAUUAAUCGGUUAAUAUUAUUAGAUUAGGUAUAUACGUACAAUUGUUUGUAACUAUAUGGGCUGUCAAAAGUGAUUACAACAAUAUUCUUUAUAGUUAACAUCAUUGCGUGAGAUAUUCAAACGAAAUUAAAUUGAAAAACAUUCUGUACUGUUAUACAGUGGGUUUCACGAAAUAUUUUAACCGGAUGGACUUGGAUUUAAAUAGAGUUAUUUUAGGAAGAAAUAGGAGGUAUACAUUGUGAGCGCGUUUUAAAAAAACAACUCCUUGCGGUGUGUUCGUGCGUAAUAAAACAUAAAUGUUCUUAUUAGGUGACAUCUAUUUUCAACACGGUGUAUUAAAAUAGUCCUAUUUUUGUUUAUAUUUUUUCAAGCAACUUUCUCGACAAUCAACUGAUUGACGAAAUCAAGCCGUAUAAAGACUAAAAAUAUUAUUUAUCUGAAUUUGUCUAUAAAACAAUGUAAAACUCAUAUGUUAUUAUGUAACUGUAUGAUUAUCUCUAGUUCAAAAUAAUUUUUUCUCUUAUUAAAAUGUCAUCAAAUAUUUUUCCAUAUGCAAAAUUCUAAUUUUAAAAGAUCGUGUAGUACGCGGAGGGAGUGUUCAAAAACUAUAAUGUGUAAAAAACGAGACUACCACGUUACGUGAUAGCGAAUCAUAAUCAUAAUACAAGUAGGGAUGGCGAUUUGUUUGUGAACAUCGAUGUAUCGUUAUGUCAUAUGUCUCUUUCAAACCAUCUAUGUUGAGAAUAUCGAAAGUUUAAAUAAAAAUCAAUGUCAAAAACAUCGAUGUAUUUAGAAAAAAAACAUCGUCAAUUUGAAAUGUAGAGGAAAUAUUGCCCUUUCCCAUGCGUACAUUAAAGCGACUUUCAGUGUCCAACAGUAUUACCCAACACUCAAAACCCAAAUAUAAACUCUAGCCAUUCAGCCUCCAGGAACCACAAUUCGUCCAAUUGUUCUCGUAAGUAAGAAUACUCGUGAACAUCGAAAUUAAAAUAUCGGCAUUUGUUAAAAAUUUCAUAAAACGUACUACGAUUAUCAAAAUUAUCAAAAUCAAUACAUUUAAUUGCGUCCAUAAAGUAUGAAAUGAAUGUCGAUAUCAAGUUGUACAAAUUAUCUUAAAAAAAUGAUAAUAAAUAAUUGUUAUCUCUGAAAAAGAUUAUUUUAGAUUUAUUUAAAAUUAUAUGUAAUGUUUACAACUACGAUCACACUUAUGUUUGUUAUAGUGCAUCUAUAACCAUUUAAUACCAUUAUCAAUCCCAGUGUAUAUGUAAUAAAAUUUGUCAUACUUUUUCAGGGGAUCUUAAAAUAUGUACAAAUAAUCAUUUAUGUCAUAUACUGGAGUCGUUACCCUAAUACAUUUUUAACGAGAGAAAACAAAUUGAAUAGCAACGUUGCAUUUAAAAUCAUGUGGAAUCGUGUAAAUGUGAACAAAAAAUUUGCGCAAUCGUUUUAUGUAUUACGGGUGGCUAUUAAAAUCUACACGAUUGCGAAAAUUUUGUGCGUUCGUGUUGUAGCCUAAACAAUUAUAUACUGAAGCAAUAUUUAUUUUUUUUUUUUUUAAUAAUAAUAAAACGAUAUGAAUAUAUACAACGCCAAACUUUCAAUGUAAACUUUCGGUGUAAAGUAUAAUAAUUUCAAAUUAUUUGUUGACACGUUGUUACACAAAUGUGCCUAUACAACGUAUAUAAUUUUAUAUUAACGGAAGUUUUGAAACUAUAUAUUAUUAGUCUGAUUCCUUGUCAACCAAAUCAACUGAAACUGCAUAUACUAUAAUUAGACCGACACAACUGGGGACUUCAUAAGGUGUUCUGAACCUGUGUUUAGAAACCUGAAACCAACAAAAUAUCGAGUUCACUUGGAGUCCUCCGAGAAAAUCGCCAGAUCUUGAUUGUAAAAAUAUCGCCCCCCUCCCUCCUGUGUAUACACACGUUUAGGUAUAAUACUCAUUGGGACGUUUAGGGACUUGGGAUAUGUAUGUACAGCGACGGGUAGACGGGAGGUCGGGGGAUGUUUUAUAAUAUAAUAGUUAUAUAAUAAAGAGGGUUUCGGGCGAAACCGCGAGCUCCGGAUUGGCUGCCGGUGAAAUAUUAAAAUUAGUAUUCCAAAUCCAUACGUUUUCGUUCUGUUCAUAUAUAAUAUACACGGCGGCUGUAAUAUUAUACCCGCGGUAUUCUGCACCGCGCCGCCGGCCACCGCAAUCUGACCGCAGGAAUCGCGGAUGUGCCGCCUUUCGGUGGCUAGUUUCGCGGUCGCAUAAUAAAUUAAGAAUUCAUAUACAUUGUUGUUGUGUGUCGGGGACGGCGCCGGUUGCCCAGGGUCCAAAGGGUAUAAAUGAAAGCACGUGAGAUUAAUGUUAAAAAUCCUGUGUAGUUUGUUUAGGACUUUCGGAUAUUGUUAUUAGCCUGCACCGCCGUACACGUAUACCGACCGCCGCCGCCGCCCAUGGGGAAAUAAUAAUUUCGCCCCUGCAAUCAAUAUUUAAUAGACUUUCGGAUAAAUUAUAAUAAUAUACUCGAAAAACACCGUAUAAUAUGAAUUCGUCGCGUAUUAUUGUCUUUCCGCGCGGUAAUAACGAAAUAAUAACGGCGAAACGUUUUCGCGUACAAUAAGUAUAAUAUACCUACCAUAUAUAGCUUUAGGAAAACCACCGAAAAUGAAAUAACUAUACGCGUGGCUUACGUUAUUAUAUAUUUAAUCGAAAAAAAAAAAUGGUAUAAGAAAAAACACCCGCGAGAGCUCCCGUCACUAUAGAGUCCAAUUUUCUCUCAAAUUGUAUUUUGUAUUUUAAAAAUAUUCUUCGUAAAACGGUAAUUGCUGCUGACCGAUCACUAUAGUUUGAUAAUACACGAUUAUUAAUUAUUUUAACGGCUUAUAUUUAAAAAAAAAUAUAAUAUAUUAGUAUCUCUUAUUUACCAUAAAAAUGGCUGCGGGGAAAUACGGCGAUAAUAGUUAAUCGUCGUUGUUUUAUUUUCUAAAAUUUAAUUUAUGUUUUAUUUAAACUUAUCCGAAAGAAGUUCGAGAUUAAUAACAGGAGAUAAUGUUCAUUAUUAUUUCUCAUCUUUUUUUCUGAAUAUACAAUAAUCGAAUUGUUUUUUUAUAUUUUUUUUACAUAUACACAUCAAUUCUGUAUCCAGUAAAUUACGUAAUUGAAUGUUAUGAAAUCCACAAGUUUCGCUUAAAGGCAGUAGGUAUUGAUUCAUGUUUGAUUACAUUAUAUAAAUAUUCUGAUUUAGAUUAAGUUAAUGUUACUGGUUAACUGUGUAAUGUAAUAUUAUGUCUCUUAUUUCAAAUAAAUAAAUAAAUAACAUAUUUAUUUGCAUUACCCCAUCAUACUUUGUCUCCAGUUUUUUUUUUUAGUUCUAAAACUUAAAAAUUGCCGACGAUUUUGCGAAUAUUGACUAUAAUAUUAUCGUUUUACCCCGCAGCCCUUCGGAUAAUGUUAACAUUACGCUUUUCAACCACAUACAAUAUUAAUAACGUAGGCAGUUAAAUAUAAGUUUGUAUCGUAUUAUAUUAUAUUUUUUUUGUAUAUAUUUGUACAAAACAUUAACCGGAGACACAUUUUUAGACGUAACUUGGGUACGCGCGUAGGUAUAGUUACGUAUACAGCCAUUGCCGUUUACGUAGUGUAUAAUUAAAAAUAAUAACAAACAUUUCCAUGGCAAUUCGUAUAGACCGAUAAUACGCCACUUUACUGCCUGAUACACGAACGAUGAUUAAUUGAGAAAUCUAUUUCCGACUACCUGCAAGGGUAAAAAAAUGAACACGAGAGCGGAUUAUUUCGUCUAUAAAUUAUUACAGUCAUAAUCUAUACGAAUCAAAGUCGUAAAGGAGUAAAUGAGCGUAUUCCAUGUUCGCAUGCGAACCGAUAAUACAAUUAUUGUUAUUAUUAUUAACGAAACGAUUAACCGCGGUAAUACCAGUACACCGGGACGGUAUCGUAUUUAUACCGUUUAAUAGCUUUCGAAACUUCCGAAUAAUGUUUAUCGAACGAUGUGUACGGUAUAAUAUCAUUUAAUAAUAAUAAUUGUCUGGGGCAUUAAACCCGAUGAUGUAUAUUAAACGACAAAUAAUUAUAUGCGACCUACGCGCGACGUUAAUAGUAUGUUUAUUGAUUCGUACCUAUGAUAUCAUGUGUAUACAGGGUAAUCAGCGGCGUUCCCGUCGGUUUUGUUGUGUGUACGUACUAUUAUAACGUCCUACGUGCCUCGCAUGAAUUAUUGUACAUUUAUCUCACGGUACAUACGGUUCGUAACGAAAUAAUUAUUACUUAUACAGACGUUUAAUUAAAAUGUCCAAAUAUGCGACACUCGAAAUUAAAUAAAAAAAAAAAAAAAUUAUCGUAAAUCGAAAGAAAAUUGUGAAUUUGUGUUACUGUAUAUUAUUGGUUAUUUCCCAGAAUUUGCUGUGCGAUGUUUUUAUUCUUAAAAACUCUUCGUUUCGUGUACUUUUAAAUGCGAGAACUAGACAUUUUAUUUUACAUUUUUUAAAGCAUUUUUUUUUUUUUUUAUGAUAUUUGUAUACGCUAUAACAUGAAUUUUAUAUUCAAUAAACUAUCUAUAAUAACUAUCUAUCUAUAACUAACUAUAAUUACACAUUCGUAUUCAUAUUAUCGGACAAUAAAGUAAGUGUCAAAACCAAUAAACAAUUGGCGGUGUCUACAACAAAAUUAAAGUAAUGAUAUAUUUAAAAUCACUACAUUUCCUGUUUAGUAAUCUUUCAGAGACAAUUCUAAUCGAAUUAAAAAAACUUCAAGUCUGAAUGUCCAGGUCUGUCUCUAAAACAUUUUUAAAAUUUAUGUUCAAUCAUUAAUACUAAAAUGUUUAAAAAAAAAAAAAAAAAACAAUUUUAGAUUUUUUACAGGCACAAAAGCAUUUUUUUUUUUUUUUUUUAAUGGGAUAUUUUUUAGAGUUUAGGGUAUUACAUACUCGACUUUAGUUUUGGCAAUUAUAAACCUGGCGUAACUGCGGGGGUGUCAACAUAUUGUUUUGUACUAUAGGUAAUAUAUUUUCGAACAGGAAUUUAAAAAUGUGAGGAUGCCGUUUGAAAAUUGGUAUAGUCGAUGUAUUAUAAAGAGUAUUAAUAUAAAAUAACGAUGUCUGAGAAAAAAAAAAUCAAAUUUACUCGGAAUUCUUCGCGUAUAUACAUAAUAUUAUUAUUAUUAUUAUUAUUAUUAUAGCCAUAAUAUAAUCGCUGCGGAUUUAUGAUAAAAUAAUCACUCUGUAUAUAUGUAUUAUGUACGGUGAGGGGAUCGGGCCGUAUACAUAAUGUAAAUAACUAAUAAGUAAUUAUUCACGGUGACGUAUAUUAUUAUUAUCGUGCGAUAUUCGUGAUGACUACGCGGAGCAUAAUACACAUAUACGAGCCGUCUUUUCCGUCCGUCCGACCGUCUCUCUCACUCUCUCUCUCGCUCUUAGUACUCUCACUUUCGCCAACCCUCCCCCGGCGCGUUAAUCCGCCAUGUCGUAGGUUUUCAAAGGUCUAUAAAAACAACCUCUCGUCCACCUCGUCGCCGGCGUAUAAUAUUAUAACACACCGCAACAUCACGUGGCCGAGACCUAUAUAUAAUAUACACGCGCGCGUAAGCCGCCCGUGACGGGACGCUCGCUGCUGCCGCUCCUCCGCGGAGGGUCGUCCGGAGAAGUUUUAAUGAAUUCCAUAAAUAAUAGACGAAACUUCUUUUUUCGAUAAGAAGAAACGGCGCGCGAUGACGGGUUUUUAUGUGUGGGCGCCGCCGCGGUUAUGAUAUUAUUUUAUUAUUAUAAGCCGGUCGACGACGUCGCGCGCGGAUUUCGCGGCGCAUUAAAUCCGCCGCCGCCGCCGCCUCCACCCCUACGAGGGGCGGGCACACGUGAUCCGCAGCGAUUCUUAAUGAUACCUUCUGCCCCGAUGUCCGCCGUGUUUCCCGAAACACUAUAUAUACACACACACACACACACACACACACACACAGAAGUAUAAUAAUAAUAUAUACAAUAUAUCCGCGCACGGUAAAGCGUUUAAUAAAGAACCGCCCCAGACGCGAGUAUCGGAUGCGCACUCUGGUUUUUGCGCGCGCCGAGUGUAUUUUACGAGCGCCGGGACGGCGAUUAACUUUUACGCUAAUGGACCGGCUAUUAAGGCACCCGCCGCCGUCGCGGCCGCAACCUCCGACACCGAUAAUAAUAAUCGAUACGGUAAACGCUAUUUUUGCCGGUCGUGUGACGGGCGUGUGCGGCCGUACGCGUAAUAAAAUACACUGCAGGUACCCGCGCCCGCACGUGGCUCUGAAGCGGACAAGUCUAGUAACCAGGGCGUGCCAACGGGGAGGGGGGGGGGCAAGGGGGACAACUCCCCCGCCAGCUUUCCGGUACGUUUAAAUAAUUGUAAAUCCAAAUUCGAUAUCUCAAAAUCUCAAAAUUCAUUAUUGAUGACCAAGGUGUAUUGAUAUAUAUUUUAUCAAUACCCCUUGAUUGGUACCCAUGUAUAGUCUAUAGGUAAACUUCGUGAUAAUAGAAUUUCGCUAAUUUAUUAUUACAAUAUGCAACGAUUCAUUCCCUAUGAUUUGAAGUCGGUACCAACCGCUACAGCCGAUCAUUUAUGGAUAUUUUUCGUGGACAGCCGUCUUGCGGUUAUCUAAUGUGUGAGAAUCGUUUAUUCGGAUUAUGUAUAAUGUUAAUUUUACAUAUAGGAAAAUAGUCGAAAAACUUAAUUUAGCAGAAAAAGUUGUUGAUGAAAACGUGUAUGCAUGCUUAAGGAAAUCAAAACUCGGAGAGUGUCGAGUAUAGUGGCCACGGAUAAUGUACGUCAUUGGUGACCAAUCUUUUUUUACAAAGGGUCAUAUGACCCCUUCAUAAAGGGUCUUGGUGGGCCAAGAAUUUUUCCGUUUACUUUUAAGUUAAUAGAAUAUUAUAUUUUACUGUAGGUAAAGUGAUAUAUUGAAUUAUUUAAAUUUAUUUUUCGUGCUUCUUUUUUUUUUUAUGUGAAUGUUAAUUUUUGAAAUUUGAAGUUAUUUUGAUUUUUUUUAAUUUUUAAUUUUGAUUUAAAUAAUACUUUGGUGGGAAUAUUACUAAAUGUUCGCGGGCCGUAGUUGGUCACCACUGAUGUACGUAUAUAGUAACGCGUGAAAUUACAAAAUAAGUACUUGGACGGUCCGAAUUGAACCCAAACUAUAUUUUAGUGAAAACUUUUUAAAGGCUUUUACCCACGCGUAUAAUAUGGAAUGUUAACGCAUUGUACGAAUGUGAAUCGUAAAUGGUGAGCAUCACAACCGAGUAAAGAAAACUAUAAUAAAAACAUUUGACAUGUGCAGGUGCAGGGACAAUGAUAAAUAUUAAGACGGUUCAAGAAGAAUUAAAGGAAAAUGGUAACUUUAGCGAAUUGAAAAAAAAAUGAAAGGCUAUAAUAGUGUAUGUGUUUGCAUAGUAAAAUUGGAAGACCGAGGAAUAUGUACGGCGAAGGACAUGAAAACUUAUCGAAAGGCGAUCAGGAUUUGAGUUUUGACAGAUGAACAUGGAGGGCUGUAGCCAAGCAAUUGAAAGAUUAAAGACUAGAUAAAAAAGUUCAACAAAAUUAAAAAUCUGCCCGCGGGACAUUUUUUGUGGGCGGGUGUAUAAGGCAUUUUUAAUACAUUAAAACACAUAGUUUAUUCUAGAAAAUAAUUGAAUGUUGAUGAUUGUUAUUUUCGGUUAUUUUCAUCGCGUAAGAUAUGGUUAUAAAAUUUAAUAUAGAUUAAAUUGACACCUGCGAAUAAAAAACUGCUGUGACGACGUGAUUGCGUAUGGCGAAAACAUAAUUGUUUAAUUGCGAGGUACACGAGGUGUACAAUAGAUACUUAAUGUUUUAUAUAAUAGGAAAUUUGAUUUAUCUGUAACGGUUGCGGGAUAAACACGGUGCAGUUUUUAAUGUAUAUACCUACCCGCACAAAGUUUAUAUUGUAUAUUAUUUCGUUUUACGCAUUUUCUAGUCCGUUAAAUUCUUUUUUUGAGAGGGGUUGUACACUCGGCUGCUUAACGCGUGUAUUAUUAAAACUGGGCCAAAAAUCUUUUGCUCCGAUUACUUUUCAUCCAAUUUUGGCCGGAAGUAUUCCGCACAAUCAAAAAUACGCACGCUUAUCAACAAAGCGGGCACAUCCGGCGUGACUUGCCAAGGGUACACCCCUUGUUUUUCUUUUUUUUUUUUUUUUUUAAUGCUACCGACGUUUAGAAAAUAUCGAGGAAAGAGGGAUACGAAUUGACGUUGGCCCAGUGUCAUUCAGCGCUAAUUGACGGGACUGGGAGGCGCCCGAAAACAAAUUAGAGUUUUUACAUAAUUUAUACAAACGAAUAAUGGAUACUCGAACUGCACUGUUGCGAUGGAUGCGGGAUAAAAACCAAAGUGACGGAAAAACAAAAAAAGGGUGGACAGCUUAUGGGUGCAUAAUUGAUUCGGAUGCAAUUUAUAAUCGUCUACAUCAAUCAACAAGUCCUGCGAUAUAGGUAGUUCGUAUAGACAGACAGUGAUAAUAUAAAAUGUUUGCUGAAUUAUAUAAUAAUAUUCCGAUAAUACGCGAAAAAUGUAUAUUUUCCACAGUCAAUUAGCGACAAAACCUAUGCGCGUAUGAAAUUGCGUUUUUUUGUAUAUACAGGGUGCAUUUAUUCGACAAUUUUUAUUUCCUAUACCUAUAUGUGAUUACAUUGGUAAUUAUAAAAUCCUACAAAAACGCCCUGUAUAUACCUGCUGCGAUAUUGUUAUCGAAAAUAUACGUUUUGGCGGUAAUAGUUUUAUUAUUACUGUUCGAAUAGCCGUAGAAAUGAUUAUAUUUAUUUUUACGAUUAUUGUCUGUUAAACGGCGAUUUAUUACAUACACGAACGGAGUUACUUCGAGUCGCGGUAUUUUAUUUGCAGCGCUCUAUAAUAUAACUGUCAUUACCCGCCGUAUCUCGGGGAGUGUUAACCCCCCUCCCAACAUUUUCCCAGGAAUAUUGUUUAUUGUUUUGAGAUAAAUGAUAAUAUCAUUAUGGCUGAAACAAUGGAAUUCGUUCCAGCUUACCCGACGUCGUCCAAGUAUUCGGUAAAGGUUCAACACCGAAAAAACAAAAAAAAAAUUCCACACUUGUUCCGUCCUACUGCUGGACAGUGUUUUGUUUUCGAAUCUCAAUUCAUGGUAUGUAUUAACGAGUAUGUACCGGGCUUAUAGUCGACAUCGUUGUUUUAUUAUACGAGAAAAUUUUAGUCGAACCGGCAAGUAGUUUCGGUAUUUUAUUACGUAUGGGAACUUGCGGAUAUCGAAAAAAUAAGAGAAAUAAAAAUAACAUCCGUACGGACAGCGCGAACGGUGCGAUUUCGUUGCCAGACCUACGACUUUCCCCAUAACCGCUAUAUACAGUAAACCGCUUCGUCGGCUUUGGCUUGGAUGGCGGCGUAUAUAUACGCGAACUUUACUAAUAACGUUAAACUUUAUUGACUUAACAAAUUGUAACAACCGUAUGUGUAUGGUUUGUAUUCGAAAUUCGGCUGAUUUAUUAAUGACUAUAAAACGCAUGGUUUCCUAAUGAAUUUCGCGGGAAAACGGAAAGCAAAUCUAAAUCUCCCUCUCCGCUUCGCCUCCCCCCCCCCAUUUUCUCCCGCGUAUUUGUUUAUAAACGAAAAUACCGGCGCGCAAUUACAUUUCAACCGAGAUGAACUCGAAGCGAAUAUUCCGCGAAUUAUCUCAUAGGUAUAUAAUGUAUAUAUAUAUACAAUAUACAUAUAUAUUGUACCGCCGCCUCUAAUAUAUUAGAGGGGAAAAAAGCGGUUCUGUCAAAGACUUCGGUUGUCUUCGUAAUUUCCAAUUUACUCCGUCUCGGUAAUCUUCCGAGUGCUCUUUAAACGCCGUCCGUUUUAUAUUUAAACCUAAGCAGUAUACACACACACACACACACACACACACACACACACACACACACACACACACACACACACACACACAAUUGUCUAUUGCGAUGACUGUACAGAAUAUUUUACUUAAUUAUUUUACUAUAACUGUAUCGCAUGCGAAAUAUUCUAAAACAGCCUCCGUCGCAAAUUUUAUACCGCUAUUCGAACAUCGACUGGAUUCGCAUGGCAUACUAGUGUGCGUAUCAUCAUAUGUGUUUAAAAAAAAAUUGAUUAUUAAUAUGUUUGGUUUUGUAACAAACAAAUAAAAAUGCACGUAUUUAAUGGGAUUCUAAGUAACUAAUUCUACAUUUUAUAAGUACUUAACUAACACAUCAUUUUGAGUAAAUCCUAUUUAAUUUGAGUCAAAUCGUAGUUUGUAAAGCAUCACUCAAGUUUUAAUACAAUUUAUAUUAACGUAGAAAAAAAAAAGAAUGUGUGUUUUUAAUGAGAGUAUUAAAUUGUUUAGAUCCAAAGGAUCCAAUUAUUAGUGAUAAUUGAGAAACUAACUGAAAUUUUUCCAGCAGAUCUUAGUGAAUAUAUUAUAUUAUAAUGUUACCCCGAUUAUAACAGCCAACCAGAAUACGACAAAAGACACGUGGAUGUUACAUAGGGAAUACAUACUACCUUUAGAUAAUUCUGCAUUUUACAGCUUUGAUUUCCUCUACGUUUUUGUAUUGUCCCUUUAUACAGGGUGAUCCGCUUUUUAUGGACCCAGUAAUUGUCUCGGUAAUUUUAAAUGGAUUUGAUAUUGAUUUUUGUUUUUCCAAUCUGUAAGGAAUCGUUUUAGCUUUAUUUUAAAACUGUUUUUAUUUUAGAUCUUGAGUAAAGAAACUUAUGGUUUUACAAAGAUAUGUUUUUUUUAUCUGUGAACAACUUUUCGACCAGAAAUAUUACUCCGAUUAACAAUUAUAGCUCUUUUUCUGAAAUAAAAUCCUACUGGUGUGGUACUUUAAAGAGGUCAUUUUUUGAUUUUCUCAGGAAUUUUCUUGAUGUAUUGAAAAAAACAAAAAAAAAAACGGGAGAACGGGAGAACGGGGGGGGAAAUAAUAGGUACAAUAUUCAAUAAAUAUUACUAAAGUAAAUAUUUAAUGCACAUGCAAUUAUUUUACCAUAAUAUAUGACAUAUAUAAUUUUGACACAGCAACACUAUCAUCUGAACUCUACUCAGAAUCGUUAUAUCAUCAGCAAUGGUUUAUCUUUGCUUACAAAUAAACAUUAAAUUCCCUUCUGUAUCCUACCUUCCCAACUUUCCACCCACAACAGUGGCUGCACCCUCGUAUGGCCGUCUUUUUAUCUCUACUCCUUAUAAGUACCUUAAAUGAAUGUAAACUUUUAAUUUUUAAAUCAACAAAAAAUAAGAAGAAACACACAUUUUAAUAGGGAAUAUUCUUCUAAAUAAUCUGAUAUUGGUUAUAUAUAUAAAACAAAAUUAUCUUUUCGAGUCUGUGUUUAGGUCCCUAUUUAAAAAUAAUUUUAAAAUAAAACUUGAAUGAUUCCAUAAAUAUUUAAAUCAAAUUCACUUAAAAUCAUCCGAGAAAAUCGCUGGUUUGUGAUAUUCAUCCUGUAGAGUAUAAUUACUUGCUUUCUUUUUAUCGAAGGCCUGUUCUCGGAUAUUGUACGGCUGUUGUAUCUCUGCUCUGUAAAUAUGCUUGGGGUAUUUUUGUUUUUUCGGUGGAAGGAGAAAUUCACGUAAACGUUUUUUUUUUUUGUUCCGCGUCAUAAAGCUUAUUGAAUUAAUUUGAAAAAAAAAACCAUUUGCAGAUUAAUAUUAUGCGCUUUUGUCGCGAAUUCGAAUAAUUUAUAAUACUUAUACAUAUACGAUUUCAAACCAAACACCGCUUUUUGUUAUCCCGAGAAUUCCCUAAAAUAAUAAUAUAUUUAUAAUACAUUUUAAAUUGUGAUGUUUUGACAACGUUCGGGUGUGCUUUCAAAUGCACAAAGCCGGAAAACAUUUUUGAAAUAUUUAAACGAAUUUCUCGUAUAGCGUUAAUAAAAAUAUUAUAUGUAUUUUCAAAAAAUAAGAUGAUCGAAAAAAAUACAUUUAUAUUAUGUGAUGUAUAGGUAUACAAAAUGUAUUCGAACACUUAAAUAAAAUUUGAAUACGCUAUAUUCAAAAACAUGACGUUGAAAGUGAAUAUAAGGUUCGUCUUUCAAUAACGAAUUUAUGAUUUCAGAUUGUAUCGUAAGUUUUAACAAUAGUACAUUUUCACGAAAACAAAGUGAAUAUUGGCGUAUAUCUCUUACGUUUUGAUUACUGUGUUUUACGCUUACAAGUUUUUAAAUUUUUUUUUGAUUUUCAACCCAAUAUUAACAUCGACAUUUGCAUUUUAUUAUGUCCACAGCACGUCGCACUUGCAAGACAAAUUCUUCAUAUCCAAACAUCUGACAGACGUAAAACGGGUCCGGUGGUAUCCGGGAAGUCCCGAGGACAACCAUGUCGUGGUGCUCACCAAUGAUAAAAAUUGUUUGCGGUUGUUCAAGGUGGAUAGCCAAAACGGUAAACUGAUGUCCAUUUGGCGAUUGGGACCGGAGACUUCUCGCAUGUUAGCUUCGCUAGGCGAUACGGCCGUCGAUUUUGACUUCUUACCUCCAGUACUAAUUGGUGAACGAACCGAGUCUGACCCAUCGAUCACGUGGCCCAUACUCGUUUUACAAGGAAACGGUACGAACUGCUUAAUUUCAAUAAUUAAUUUAUGUAAUCACGGUAAAAACAAAGUAUUAUAUAGGUACAUACAAAUUGUAAUUCAACAUGCCAACGCUUGUUAACGGCGUAGCUUAAUGAUUUUGAGUUAGUUUCUAAAAUGGCAUGUUGUGUCUACGGUUAAAGAUACUGAAUCGGGAUAUAAUAUUAAAGCAUGUGGAGUAGAUGAAGUAAGAAGUAAUAGAUAAGAAAAAAAUAAAAACAGCUGACACAAGAUAAAAGCAAAAGGGAGGAAGAAAAAUCAUGCGAGUUAUAACCUAACGAAAUGUAAUGUGACGAAUAUCGGACGUAGUACGAGUAAAAAUUAUUUAGGUGCGAUAUGAUGCAUAGCAAAAUAAAAACCCUGUCACUAGAGCCGAAUUCCACCCCCUCACGUAUUUAUAUUAUAGAAAUAUCAUUUGUAAAACAAUAUGAAUAACCGAAUACUAUGGGUAUACUAUACUACAACUUACUAUAACAUAACGUCCCAAAAUAUAGUAAGGGUGUGAGUUGUAAGCUUAAACCUCCAAAAGGCACAUCCUUAAUUCGAAUGCUAUGCAUUUUCAAAAUUCUAUCCCUUAACUUCAUUUGGGGUUCUUUAGUGGUGUGCAAAGCUAAAAAAACACCCUCUCCCACAACAACUUGGUGAAAUUCGUAUUAAAUUCUACUAAACUUUUACUACUUCAAUAAAUCUAUCUAUAAAACAAUUCGAAUUCCUGAAUUUAUGCUCAGAUUAAUUUGGAAAAAAACAUUUCAUAAGCGUUCGAAACAAUUAAUACUGAACAAUCAUGAUUGUCAUCUUAUAUUAUUAUAGUCAGUCUUUUAAGACGUACCUAGGCUGUAGGAACGAAAAAUAAGUGAAUACAACCAUAAAUAUAGUCAUAAAAACGGUGACUGAAGAUCUUAUUAAAGAUAACGAGAAACUUUCAAUUAGAUAUAGAAGAAAGUAGAAAAUAAUGGGUUUGUUUAUGGACCGAGGAAAUUUCGAAUGGACUAAGAAAUAAAUUAAUUUGUUAGUACAAUAAAAUACGAAUCACAAAAACGUCCCGAAAAUUUGUUUUAUUAUUCGAGCAUCGAACUGCACUGCUACGCCAAUGAUGUAUUCACGAUUUUUCGUAUGCAGAGCAGAAUUUAUUUAAUUGCUAAAGUGAUACAACGUUGAACGUCGGUGCUUAAAUUAGGAGGGGGGUUGGUGUGAGUACCAAUUUUUAAAACAUAUUUUAACGUACCUACCCCUUCUAGUUUUAGAUUCUAAUUGGAGCGAGGAAUGUAUUAGUUUUACAAUGAUAGAAUUUUUUUUGAAAGGAAAUCUGAAAUAACUGGGGAGGUACUUUAGAGAGGUCAUUUUUUGUAAAUAAAUGAAGAAAAUAUGGGAAAGCCGGAAAAAAGGUACAAUAUUACACAAAUAUUAUUUAAGAAAAUAUUUAAUGCAUAUGUAAUUAUUUUACCAUAAUAUGACAUAUAUAUUGUUGUCAAAGCAACACUAUUAACCGAACUUUGCUCAGAAUCGUUUUUUCGUUAGCAAUGGUUAAUCGCUGCUUACAGAUAUUAACAUUUAUUUACGUGAAUUCCGGUCUAUAGUCUAUCUUCCCAAUUUCCCACUUACUACAGUGGCUGCCACCCAUUCCCGUUAUCCUAGGACAACUUUUUCAUUAUGAACAUAAUAUAUUAUUCGGUCAUACAACCAUUUACAUAAUCAUUUUUCAUUAUUCAUUUUGUUCUUCACUUCUGCAUCUUCAUUAUAAUUUUUUUCUAAAUCAAUUAAUGUUGUCUAAUAACUAUCAAUAUCUACUGCAGGUGAGGUGUUGUGUCUGAACACUACUGUUGACGAUACUAUGAACAUAAAAUCGGCAAAAAUAAGCGGUCCUCUGACCAUGUACCCACCUGCUGACGACAACUACAGCGAGGACGCUUGUUCCUUACUCGUCUUGGACACUGUACCGCCUUCGGUCGUAAUUGCAUCUAACUUUGGUGAACUUUACAAUUGCCUUCUGUUACCAGAGACCAUUAAUAAAGUGAGUAUUGCAAUUAACCGUUAUUCUUGUAACUCUUACUCUAAUAUUUAGUCAUUACUAGCUAUUGAUUAUGUUCAGUAUUAUCACAAUCAGAAAACAAAAUAUUACCAAAUAUAAAGUCUAUAGUACACACCAUGAUUAAAAUAUACCUGGUUUUUUUUUAUUAGCGCUCUAGCGUUAUCAAAUCGAAAAAAAAAAUGGCGGUAUUAGAUAACUGUUAAGCCAUUAUAAAAUGACAACACAGCCAUGUGUUGUAUCAUUAAUUAUUAUGUUUAUUCAUAUUCCUGUAUAUUUUGGUCUCUACGUUGCCAUUUUUAAUUUGUAUGUUUUAAAACAUUAAAAUGGAGGUACUAGUGCAAUAACUCUAUGUAUUUCAAUCAUGGUACACACUAUCACAUGUCUUGUAAAAGAUAAAUGAACAACCUAACCUAACCGGUCUGUUCAAAAUUGAUCAAGACAAUAUAUUAUGAAAAACUUGUGUACAUGACUCCAAUGUUUGUACUAGAAAAAAUACAAAGUAUAAUCUUUUAGGACAAUAAUAUUAUGCAGUUGUACACCAACUAAUUAAUUUAAUCUUUUAUAUUGUAUCAGGCCAUUUUUUUUUUUUCUUAUGUACCGCAAAUACACACAUUCUUAACAUUAGGAAGAGUUAUUACAUGAGUACUCGGGUUGUAGAGGCUCAUACCUUCUUCAAUGUGUUUACUUUAAAGUGCCUGCUUUUUCUUUACGUAAUAAUUAUCCUUAUGGAUGUAUAUCAAUUAUUGUGUAUGGAAGUUAAUCAAUGUUUAACAGUUAGAUUUAUUUUAUUGCAAUUCAUGUAGACUAACCAAUUUCUGUCAUUUAGUUGAUUGUAUUAAAAAUUUAGAGUCCGUGAAUGUUUAUCAUCCACUAAUAUCUUUAAACAAUUAAGAUAAACCAUCCAUCAAAUUAGUUUGUCAAACAAUCCUAACCCCUAUUGUGGUUUAUAACUAACAAUGAUUAUGUAUAUAAUAAAUUCAACUAUAAAAUUACACAUUAUUCAAUAAUAAUAUCCCUUUAUUGCCUUAUUAGUUUUAGUAAGUGUUAUAUAUUUGAAAGAGUACAGUUCACAAAAAACUAAAUUAAAAUUAAGUAUAUUAUAUUAUUGUAUAUUAUAAUCAAACAUGGUAAAUUGUAAUGUAUUGAGUUACAAGCAUUUGAGCUUUAAUACUAAUUCACAAAUAAAAUAAUCAGUUGUGUAGUAAAAUUGUACUAUAAUAAUAUCAAUCUUACUUGACCAGGCAUCUAUUAUAAAUACCUAAUUGUCUACUGCAGCAGUUCUCAAACUUUGUUCCGCAGAGCCCUUGGUGCUCCACAAUGGUUUACCAAGGAUUCUAUUCAUAACACCAUAAAAAAUUUAAAAAUUGUUUGUUAUUUAAAAUGAAUAUACAGGUUGGUUUUUUUUAUCAUGAACCAGCAAUUAUCUCAAAGGAUUUUAAGUAAAUUUGAUUUUUGUUUUUUCUAAUCAUUAUGGAAUAUUUUAAGCCUUAUUUUAAAGCCAUUUUUAAUUUUUUAUCCCUACUCCAUGUACCUUAAAUAAGUACAUACUUUUGAUUUUCAAAUAGGAACAUCCCGCCCCUUUUUGAACACAAAUUUAAAUAGAAAAUAUUUUUCUGGAAAUUUUAAUAUGCAUAACACUAUUAUCAAAUUUACCGUUUAUGAGUUUUAACAGUUUAAAGUUUAAACCGGAGGAAUAGAGAAAAGUAAUAAAUUGCCUAUCUAACCCUUCCCUACUCCUCCAGUCUAAACUUUGAUAUUUUGAUAUUAGUGUUAUGCGUAUCAAAAUUUCUAGAAAAAUAUUGGUACUCGUCUAGUAUGCUACCUAUCAAUAAACUUUUACCUACUGAUUAUUGAUUAAUAACAAAUUAACAACAAUAUUAAUAACAAUUUAUUAUUAAAAUUUGCCUAACUAAAAUGUACUUAAUGUAUUACUGAUGAAAAACUGAUUGUAAAACUCACAACGAAAUACACAUACGCGAACACAACACAGACUAAUAUAUCCAAAAGUAAGUUAUCGUGGGUCUUAGUGGAUAUUUAUCAGUUAUCUUAAUGGCAAUUCAACUAUAAUUUUGUUCAACUGUUAUAUGUUAUUUAUCGUAAUAACUCAAAUGUACUUUCCCACAAUAAAAUGAAAUAAAAUAAAAAUAACUACGGUAGAUAGUACGAUAGUACACGCAUACAGUUUUUUUGGUAGGUAGCAUUUUACGAUAGGUAGUAUACUAGACGAGUACUAAAAUAAUUUCUAUUUAAAUCUGUGUUCACAAUGGGAAGUUCCUAUUUGAAAAUUUGAAGGUACGUGGAAUAGUGGUAAAACAUUAAAAACGGCUUUAAAAUAAAGCUUAAAUAAUAAAUAAUUCAAUAAUGAUUAGAAAAAACAAAAAUAAAAUUCACUUAAAAUCCUCUUAGAUAACUGUUGGUUCGUGAUAACAAAAAAAUCACUCUGUGUAUUUCAUGAAGACUUGAAUGUCAUGAUUCACUAAUAUAUGUACUGCGUAAAAUUCCGAAAAGAAAAUUGUAUACAAUUAUCCAAUUUUAGAAUUUUAGAUAAUAAGAAACGACCCUCGCGACUCAUUUCGUUAUUUAUUAUGUUAUAGAAUUUGACUCCCGUAUGUAUACAAUUCGUGUUUAUUAUGAUUUAUAAACGAUAAAAAACAGGCAGAUAAAAUUAAUAUUAAAUAUUUCUUGAGAGCUCCAUGAAAAAUGUCUACUUAAAAAAAUGUUCCUAGGCUAAAAAGUUUGGGAACCACUUAUCUACUAUUAACAUAAAAACUGUUGUAAUCUUAUAAUUAUAUUAAAGUGAUUAUCAUAUUAUUGUUCUUGAAAUUUAUCUUUCAUGAAAAUUGUUAUAUAUUUUUUUUAAUGUUUCAGACCGACACAUAUCAGCCAUAUAAAAAUCAAUUAGAAUAUAGCUUACACAUAAUAGAAACCGUAGAAUUAGAAUUGGGCCUUAAUGUUACAGACAACAAUGAAUAUGAAAAUUUAAACACCAUGCAAUUAAAAAAAGAUUGUUUUGUUUCGUCCAAAUAUUGGUGUUUACACAAUACAGGCAUACACUCAGUAUCUAUACCACUUACAGAGCUACUGGACGAAUUUUCAAAAAGUAGUGAUAAUGGUAUAGCAAAUAUAAAUUUGUUUUUGAAAUAAAUAUGUUCUAAAUUAUUGUGUCAAUUUUCAGAUAAAUGUCUUGAAUUAGCAAAUGUCCAAGGCCAGAGUGUAAUAGAAUAUUACAUUUGUACAGGUCUUAUGAAUGGUGACACGAAACCUAUCAAAGGAUUUGCUAUUUUAGACUUUCCAACAGACUUAUUAGUCACUAUGUUAAGCAAUGGUGAAGUAGUAACUCAAGCUAUUCCAGAUUACUCGUAUAAUAAAUUAUCCAUUUCUAAUAAGUAUAUAAAUGAAGAUGAUCAUACAGAAAUUGAUCAAGUGGAUGAUUCUGAUAAAGUAAGCUCAAGUUAUUAGCUAUAAAUUGAAAUUUAAAAAAAAAAUACAAGUGUUACACUUAUCAACACUACUAAUACUUUUUUAAACAUUUUAUACAAUAAUAAUCUACAAUUAGUGUUUAUAAUAAAACAAAUUGUUUAAAAAUUUUAAUUUUAGAAGUGUAUUAUUAAAUUUGUUAUAAACUUUAACACUUCUAAAUUUUAGAAAUUUAAAAAAUAGCUUAAACAAUUUGUUUUACUAUUAAUACAAGAAGUGUUAUAUGAUCUCAAAUGCAUAAUUAGUAUUUGUUCAAUAUGUAUGUAUCAACAUUAAUUAAAAUUUAUUUUACAUUUGAAAAUGUUAAAACCAUUAGUCAUAGGUUUCCAAAAAAUAUAAAUUAUGAAAUUAUACAAAUUGUAAUGAUCUAAUUCAUUAUUUUUUUUUUUUUUUUAGUCCAACACAAUCGACUUUAGUUCAUUCAUUUCAGAAUUAUUGCACAAGAAUAAUAGUAAUAAAAAUACUAUUCUCAAAUUAGGAUCAGACAUUCCCAACAAUAUUUUGAUACAAGUAAAUUUAACCACAUAAAUAGAUUUAUUUUUAAAUUUUAUUAUAUUGUUCUUACUUUUAAACUAAUUUUCAGAUGGUUCUACAAACUAUAAGUACUCGACAAGAAACAUUAAAAAAUCAUAAAAUAGUUGCUGAAGAAAUUGAGCGGAGAAUUCAAGUGCUUUUCAAAGUCAAGCAAAGACUGUUAUCAGAAAUGCAAGUACUGGAAAAAGCUCGACAAAAGUUACAAGCAGAUGUAGAAAGUAAAGCCGAGAAAUUAGAUGAGAUUAACAACAAACAAGAAGAAUUUACAAAAAGGUAAUCCACAAAAUGUAUCAAUGGACAGUAAUUUAAGUACUAUAAAAUUUCAUAAGGAAUUAAAAGAAUACAUUUUAAAUUAUAGUUUAUAAGAAAAUUUGUAAACAAAAACUGUUUAUAGUUAUUAAAAGGAAAAUAUUCUAUACAUGUUACACAAAAAACUUUUAGGAAAAAUAAAUGCUGAACUAACUCACUUAUUUAAGAUCACUUAAAUAGUUUCACAUAUUUUCAAAACAUAAUUAUUUUUAAUUUGGAUAAGAAAAUUUUUAAUUCAGAAAAACAAUUAUGAAUCUCAAAAUUCAUUAUUUUGUCAUUUACUGACCUUUUACAAUAUAUUUAGCCAUACAAUUUAGAGAUGACCUAUAUAAACUAAUACCUCCAUUUUAUUCUCUAUUUACUCAUACAUGACAAUAUUAAUACUUAUAAUUGCUCUAAAAAAUAAUAUACUAAAAAAAAAACCAUAUUAUUUUAAUUAAACUAACAAUUCAAUCAGUAUAAAUUUAAUGACAUAUAUUUUAACUUUGUCUUUAGAGCUUCAGCAGUUCUAUUGAGACUAGUAACAGCAUCACCUGAGAGUAUAACAACAAAAAAGAAAAGAGAACUGUUAAAUUUAUAUAAAAGUAAGAUAGACUUAAUGAACAAACGGAUUGAAGAAACCAGAGAAAAAUGGAACAUCGUACAAACAGAAUCAACAUCUAAAAAUAAACAGUUUUAUGGACAACGGUCAUUCAGAUUAAAUUUUGAACAAGAGUUGGUUAUCAAAGGAAAUUUGUCUGAAAUGUGUGUCUUUUUAUUCAUAUUAUAAUAAUUUGUUUAAAUAAUUACUUUGUUAAUACAAGGUGAUUGAUUUAAGUGGGUACACUCAUUAUUUCGGAAAGUAUUAACUUUUUUGGAAUUUAUUUUUCUAGAACAUUUUAGAAACAAGCAGCUCUACAAUUUUAUAUUUAUGUUAUUUUUUGUCACCCUUAUUUUUGGAAGUAAAAUAACUACCUACUUUUGAUUUUCAAAUAGCAACCUAUAUAACAGAGGUGGCCAAACUGUGGCUCAAGUCAUAGACUUAUGCGGCUCGCAUCUUAUCUUAAGAUACAAAGUUUUUAAAAAUUAUAAUUUAUAGUAAAAAUGCACAAAAAAAUAAAAUGUUCUUAAUAUAAUAUUUAAGUAUAUAUUCUUUUUAAAUUUUUAAUUAUUAAUUAUUAUCUUAUUUUUUGUGUGUUAAUUUUAUUUGUAAGUUUUUUGAAACCCGGAUUAUGUGUUGUUAAAGCAGUCCUUAAUAAUUCUAUUAAAUUAUCAUCCAUUAAUGUUGAGCGAUGUUUUGAUUUAAUAAUUUUCAUGAUCGAGUAUAAAGACUCACAAGAAUAUGUUUUUUUCCGAAAAUCGAUAUUAAUUUUUGAAGGCAAAGAGUAAUUGUUGGAUAUUUAAUAAUAGGCACAUAUUUUCAAAAUUCCAACGAAGAAUGACAACUGUAUUUGAACUGCUUCAGUCCUUCAUCUUCCAAUAAUUCUAAGAGUUCAAUUUCUAAAGCUACUGUAUCCAUUGAAACUGGUUUUGAUAUUGGACAUUCCUUUUCAAUAACAUUAUAUAACAUUAUUAUUUAAUAACAUUGUAUAAAGGGAUUUUCUAAAAAUGCAAUCGAAGGUUUAAGUAAUUUCAAGUCUUUAAAUCGAUCUUCAAAGUCAGUUGAUAAACACUCUAAUUUAUGUACAUAAUCUUCACAAUUCAAUAUCGUUGCUACUCCAACCAAACAAUCCUCAAUUAUUUUUUAGUACGGAAAAUGGUUUAAAUUAUUUAUUCUUAAGUAUUUUUGAAAAAGUUUAAGCAUAUUUUGGAAACUAAAAAUGUCUUGUACUAGGUUAUUUAUGAAUUUAUUUUUACCUUGAAGAUACAUGUUUUAUGUGGCUAAGUGAUGCACAACAUCAAAAUUAGUACAAAAUGACAUCUCUUAACCAUUGUGGGUUCAAAAAUUGUGAAAAGUUUUUAUCUCUUUAUUUUAAAAAUGUUUUAAUAGGUUCUAAUAAAUCGAAAAAUGUUAUAAAAACGUUUUUUAAUCGAACUAAACAAUAUCAUGGAACAUAAUUUGGAAUAUUAUCCAACUCUAAACUUUCAACAAAGUUUUUAAAUUUGGGAUGUAACUUUGAACCUGAACUUAUGUAAUUUUAAGAACAACACUCAUCACAUGUUCAUAUUUAAAAUAUUUAGCAAUUAGGUUUUCUCUAUGAAUAAUGCAGUGAACUGGAAUAAAGUCUGGAAAAUUAGUUUCACUUUUUAAAAAUUUUGUAAAGUAGAGAAUAUAUCUGAACUUAUCAUUGAAAUACGUCUUUCCAUAGUAUGUCUACUAUUCAAAAUAUUUUCGACCAUAUUUAGUAAUUUUUUAUCUUCUGGUUUUAAAAUGGAAAUAACAUCUUAAAUGUUUUUGUUAAAUAUACCCCAUCAGUGUAUGGGCGCUUUGCUCAAGCAAUAUUAAACGCCAUACAAAAAUUUGCUUCAGUAGUUAUUUCGGUUUCCUUGGAAAAUACUGACAUGACAUUAAUUUGUUUAUUUACUUUUAGUUUCAUUGUGCUUAAUUUAUUUUUCCUCAACUCAACCAGUAGGAAAUUUGUUACUAAACGAACUGUGAUUUAUUUCAUAAUGUCGUUUUAAGUUACUCGCUUUAAAUUGUAAUAGUUCGGAUUGACAGAUGAGACAAAAUGGUUUACUGUUUCGUUCUAUGAAAAAACUCUUUUUUUUUAGUGUAAUUUGAAUUCUCUAUGUUCUUCUUCAUACUUGCGUUUCUUAGACAUGAUAAUUAUUUUAUUAAUAUUAUGGUGUUACACUCACGAUGUCGAACAGCACUAUAAAGACAUGUGUAUGUAUGAUAGUAUUUAUAAAGAUAAAAUUUAAUCCGACAUUAUUGUACGUUAUUACAUUGUUUCACAUUCUAUACAUUUUAUUAUAUUUGAUAUCUUAUCUUAUUUAUUAUUAAUAUUAUAUUAAUGUGAUCUUUUUUUUCAUUCUGCUCACGAGUCCCUCCUCGUUGGCCACCCUAGUUAUAUAGGAAGUUCAUAAUAGAUGAAGUAUUAGUUAAAAUAAAUUUUAGUGUUGAUAUUUUUAAUUUCUGUGGCGCAUACUGCGCGCAGCUUGUUGAUAAUGCACCAUUACUCUCCUCCAACCUAAACUUAAAAGUGGAAUAUCUCGUCAACAGCUUGACAGAAAUAAAAAAUGUCAACACUAAAAUGUACUCUGUCGAUUUAUGUAAUUUUGAACAUAGAUUUUCAUUUGAGAAUCAAAAGUAAGAAGAGGUUUUACCUCCAAAAAAAAGUGUGACAAAAAAUAACAUAAAUAUAAAAUUGUAGAGCUGCUUGUUUCUUAAAUAUUUUAGAAAACAAAUAAUGAAAAAAGUUAAUACUUUCAAGGCAAUCAAUGUACGUGAGUGCUUAAAUGGAUUUUCUUGUAUAUUACUUGUAACCGUAAAUUAUCUUUUUUUCUUUUUGCAGGGGCUCUACAAUAUUGGAUUUAGAGAAAAAAGUGAGAGACUUGAGGUCCAUAGUUAAUAGUAUCGCCAGUUAAAAAUAUCAUUGAUAAACAUUCUUAAAAAAAAAUUUUUUAAUGUUUUGUUAAAAAUUAUCCUAUUAAAUUUUUUUUUUUUUUUCUAUCAGUUAAAAUCAAAUUAAUGUAUAACUAUUUAACUAUUAAAUAUAAUACCUAAAAUAGUAAUUAAUAUUGUAACUAAAUAAAACAUCAACAAUAUAUUACUUUUUCAAUAUUUAUAUUAUCUUUUUUAUCCCCUGUUUCUGAAUUAAAUAUGCAAUACAUUAUUGUAAUAAUUAACAACAUGUAAACCAAUUAUUUUUUCUGUUGUAUACAAUUUUCAUAUUUGUUUAGAGAUAGGUACACAAUUUGAAUAAUUAUUCAAAUUGUAAUACUGUACUUUGCCCAUGGUGGUGUUAAAAUGUAAAAAUUAAAUAAAUACAAAAUUCAGAAUGAGAGCGUAAGAUCAAUAAGUGAAUAAUAUUUUUCCAAGUCUGAAUUUCAAAAAAAAAAUUAAGGAGUCCCAGAAACAAUACGUAAAAAGAAUUAAAAUUAUUUUUAAAAUUUAAAAAUAGUGAUCAAAAUAACAUUAAGUUUUUAAAAGACAUUGUAUACAGUUUAAACUUUUAUCUCAAUGAUUUAUAAAUAUAUAC